AUGAGCCACCUAGGAUUUGAACACGGGCUCAUUGAUCAACGAGUCGUACGUUGCAUCAAUGAGUCAAAAGCUCAUUAUCCUGUCAUUUGUGUUCGGGGAUAUUAAUUAUGGUGAAUAGGUGCUCAGCGACCCAGUUACGGUGAACGCUGGAUCUCGAAUCCCAGGUGGUUCACACUUGGAAUUGGGCAUGGCUGACUGGUGACGACUAAUAAAACAGGAAUGAGCAUUCCGGUCUCCUUGUCUUUGUAGGUACUCUAGUAUAUGUAUAUACGUUUUAGAUCAGAGCUGGUGUGCAUUCCGAGCCGAUAUGAUGAAGAAGACAAGCGGUCCUUUGGGAAAGUCGAGGUGUACUCGUGAAUUUUCGAGCUCGUGCCACCAACCCCAUCCUCAGAUGAAAUGAAAACAAGAAAGUUAAAUUGUCACAUUAGACAAGUUGGCGCGACAGGACAGACAAAACAUUUACGUGUGACGUCGGAUGGUCCCAAAGUCGUGGUUGCUUUCUGAGUUAGAGGAAGGGGGGCAGAGAAGGCGGAACAACUACGACACCCUUUCCUAGAGGGGGAGGGUGGAUGGUUGAUGAGUAAGAUUCUGGGCGUCUGUAUUAGUGGUUGUUGAUGUGCGAUUAGAAAAGGGGUCAAUCAUUCGUAAACGUAGACCUUUGUAAUGGGUAUACAGGUCAAUAUACUAAAGUACCAAGCCUCGACAAAUUUCUUCGCUGGCUUUAUGUUAGCCUUGGGGACGACUUCAGUGUCAUCCCUAUUGAAUCGGUGAUCGUACUUGAGUGCAUGGGCAAAGACGAAGGACAGGGGAUUUCGACGGCGGAUAGCUAGUUUGCGUUCGUUAGUACGGGUACCCAAGCGUCUACCCGUAUGACUAACAUACACGCAGGAGUGAUUUGUGCACGAGAUACGAUAAGUUACAAUUGUUUGCUGCUCUUUGCAGAUGGGAUGCUUGACUCGAGAUAGUGCUACGCAACGUGAGGAUGCCGGUUUGUGCGAAACGUGAAUACCCACGUGAUUUAACUGCCGCACGAUUAUUUCAUAGGUUCCCCGCAUAGAUGAAAGGGAGAAGAAUUUUCAUGCCACGAUAUCUCCAUUUUGGUCGUGGUCUCGUUGCUGUCCCCGAUCCUAGGUGCGAGAAUAUAAAUAUUUACCCAAUAUUUGAUUAGCUUUUGCUCAUAAAAUUGAACUAGAGAAAUUACGGUGUCGAAGUUAAUGUGUAUCUUAACCGCCAACUUGAUUCCUAAGCAAUACAAUGCGUUUUGUAAGUACCAACCUUUGUGCCCAGUAUAUACGGACUGGAAACAUCUGGGUCUCAUGGGAGUUUAACACUACUUUGCGCUGACAUUCACCGAUAUCACUGACGAUCCGGGGCGGUACAGAACUCCAACAUUGCAUCAUGCAGUCGACCCAGACUUUUAGCGUUACUUCCUCGUAUUUGCAUCUACCUGGUCGCAAGCACUAGAACUCGAUUCAUCUGAAUCCAUAUCUGUCCUGCCUUAACUCCCUGGAAAAUCUCAUUAAAGUCUUCGCAAGUUUGAUCGGCGUUCAUUCCCAAUGCUGAUCACUCAGUCUGUCCCCACUUCCAGCAGCAAAAUCCAACGCUCUGUCCUCAGACCAUAUUUCUGAGCUUUCCUAGAUUAUUGCUCAAAAUUGACGCUACCAUAGAAAAACACGAAGGCAGAACACUCAAACUGAUUGAUUUUUUAUCAAAGCAGUAGAAUUAUACGUCCAUUCGUUGUGAAAGGUAAUAUACAGUGCCCGGUUUAACAGAUAAAAGGUGUCGAAAAUUACGAGUGAUUGCCAUAAAAGAAAUAUUAAAGGCAAUGUUACGCAGUUUAGAAAUACCAUUUUUUUGGAAAAGUACAAAAUCCCUUAAAACGUCGAAAAUGGUUGUAAUUUAGUAAACUUCGCUUGUAGAUGUACACAAUGGCUUCCCAUGCAAACACCUGAGUAAAUAUGAAAGCAGAAAUGGAAUAACAGCUUUAAAUAGUGUUGUAGUGAAGUUUACAUUGAAAUAUCCCUUCAGAAUUAGUGUAAUUUCCGGUAUGACGUUUUGCCAACAGCCUACAUUCUGAGUAGAGAUUAUAAAACAUUUUCCUGAGGAUUUGCUGUAUACUCUAGGCUUUUGGAGUAAUUGAAAUACGGUUUAAUAAGUUUUUGUUUGAUUUUACCGAUAGGGAACAAAAGUUUACAUAAGGUCACAUGCUGUCGGGCUGAUUGUUGCCUUAUAGAAUUGGCAUAUGCUAUCAUAAACGUACCAUUUCGUGUAAGUAGAGAGAACUCUUCCAUGAAAUUAGUUUUUACUUUUCGUUUGUUAAGGUUUACGCUGAGUCUCAGGUCGACCUUGAAUGAUCGCUGACUACUUCACAAUUUGCAGUGUUUUCAUCCAAUCGUCCAUAAAGACAGAUUCUCUAUUAUGCGUCUGUUAAAAAAUUUAAAAUAAGGUACUUGUUUACCGAAGUAGCAAGUGGUUGGGCGUUUUUUUCAUGUAGAAAGUCGUUUGGGACACAGUUGAAGACUCACUCAAACAGGGACCCUCAUCAUCGAAUAAAAUUCACGUCCACAACGAGCGUCAACGACAAAUAUGCCUUAGAUUAAUUAGAACACUUUUGCAUAAUAAGAUACCUCUUUAAAGAGUACUUUCAUACUGCAUUCCGCUGCCGGUGUCUGCAUACUUUAGUUUUUAUGCAGAGUAAGGCCAAGAAAAAUUUGUCACUUGGUUGUUUCUUUCACUUUCCUAAACAAAACUAAUAUUUUUCUACCCUAAACGCAAGAACAAGCCUCUCUCUUUAUAUUGCAGCCAUUUGCUUACCUUUCGACUCCUUUUUACGAUUAUGAAUGCCCGGCACAGGGGCCAUAUAAAUACUGAUACUAUGCUGAAAUUGUUACUGUCUUGCUUGUUCUAUUUUUGAAUAAAGUAUGUGCAGAAGGUAGACUUCAUAAAAAGCAAUGUUUCAUAUGUUCAAAACUGACUAUUUAGUGAUGGUCAUUUCUGUAACAUCACGUAGAAUUUUCCAAACACGAAAACAAUUUUAGUCCGCUUAAACGAAGGAUUUCCUGUGCGCUUUAUUACUGCACUUCAGGGCACCAAGUCGCACAGACCUGCUAAAAUGACGUCCAAAAUUCGAUAACAUAUCUGAUUAUCUGAAAAUGACCUUUGUGUUAGAAAGUUUAUUCCCAUGGUUGGCAUCGGAAAAACAAUUGAUGUUGGAGUUCGACAAACUCGGUUUAUUAAAACGUACUAGAGUCACUCGCUCUCCAUUCAAAGACAAACACACUCAGGUGCACAGCCAAAGGCUAGAACAGGUUUUAGCAUAGGAAAUGGCCUGAGUAUAACGGCAUGUCCAUUUUCGACCAAAGUUAUAAACAUCUAGCUUGGAAAAAUUACAUGGACACUUACCGCACAAGAUGAGGUCAUUUCCUUAAGGAGGCUGAGCAGGCAAGCAAAAUGUGCAGCUUUUUAACGUCCGUUAAUUCUCGCAUCAGUUUCUGUCAUCGGACCUUAUGAGAUAGGUCACGUACUGUAUUUCCUGUUGGCGUUAUUUUUAUAAUAGCUUUAGGGAAUCGAUGUCUUUCAUUUGCAUUUUUACCACUGGUUUGUAAACCGCAGCAGCGGCUGCGGAGAUAAGUUAUCCGCAUAGUUAUCGCUGCCCGACUGAACUUAGUCAAAGUUAUUACACUGCUUUAGAACCACUUCACUGUGCACAUUUACGCUAUGGUUACCAAAGUAAGAGUCGGAGACAUCUCAGGAAUAGCAAGCACCGCCUUGCUUCCACAGUUUCAAGCUGGAACACGCAAGUGCUUGAAGAAGUUUGUCUAGUGUGUAUGGUUAACCUUAAAACAAGUUACCUCACCAUCACUAACCAAUCGCAGUUGAAGGCAGCCCCGAUGAUAUCCAAUGCUUCCUUACGCCUUCAUGAACUCAAAUUUCUGUUUUGUCAGCUGAUAUAGUGCAAUCGUAUUGUACGGUAGGUGGGCUAACUCAUGAAAUGUCAACUGAAAUUACGAAAUGCGAUUUCGUUCCGGAAAUAUUAAUUAGGCAGAGCUGUAAAAUGAAUCAUCCUGCAGCAUAAUUAUAUAAUAUUUCAAUUACCUCAGAAUUCCGGUUUUCGAGUGAUCUUCCGUUCGGCUGCAUGCAAAAAGGACUACCUAAGUAGCAUGUGUUUUUCUCAUUGACUUUCGAUGCCCUUGAAAAUCCUAUUGUAUUUCAUGGAAAACAGGCAUAAAAAUAUUCAUUCUUUAACUCAUUCGGUAGAACAUUACGUCUUCUUCCAAACUUAUAAUCAAAGGUAGGGUAUAAUUCGGCUUUAAAAAAAUUUUCUAUUUCCCAAUAAUGUUGAACCCGAACUGCUAUUACGCUUGCAUUCAGGGUUUCUAAACUACUAACCGUAUAUUUUCUGCGUACCGAAAACCACACAUUUCUCUACGAUAGUGAAAGGGGCAUUAUAUGAUUCAUAAAAUUUGGCAGUGUUGUUGAUCCAUAUUGUUAACUUCACAAGUCACAUUGGUAAAUGUAGAGACAUGACGAUUUAUAAACGGCCAUUUUACGGUAUUUAAAAGUACCACAAUUAGAAUUUUUUUAAAAACGAAUUAUAUCCCUCCUUUAGUGUAAAAUUAGAAAACAUAAUUUCCUACCGAACGAGCAAAAGAUGAAUAUUUUGAUGCAUGUUUUUCAUGAAAUAUAAUUGGAAUUUUAGGGGCAUCGAAAAUCAAUGAGAAAAAUUCAUGCUACGUAAGUAGUAGCUGGGUUUUAAAAGAGUUUCUAAUUGUGGUUUCUUUAAAACAGUGAAAUGACCGUUCAUAAAACGUCACGUCUUCGCAUUCACCAAUGUGACUUGUAAAGAUAACAAUAUAGAUCAAAUCGACUGCUAAAUUUUUUGAACCCUGUAUGGUCCCCCUUUUGUAGCGUAGAGAAAUGUGUGGUUUUCCGUACGCGGAAAAUACACGGCUUGUGGUUUGGAAACCCUGAAUUCAAUUGCAUUGGUAGAGCUGAUUCAAAAUCAUUCCGAAAUUGGAAAAGUUUUUCAAAACCGAAUUAUACCCGUCCUUUGAGCAUACGAUUGGGAGAAGACGUCAUUAUCUACCGAAUGAGCAAAAGAAGGAAUAUGUUUAUGCAUGUUUUCCACGAAUUAUAGUUGGACUUUUAGUACAUCGAAAAUCAGUGAGAAAAUAUCAUGCUACUUAAGUAGUCAUUUUUACUGAGUGUAGUUUUUGCAUACAGCCCCAAGGAAAUUCGUUCGAAAGCCGGCAUCCUGAGGUAACUGAAAUAUUAUAGAAUUAUGUUGCAGGCUGACUAGUUUUACAACCCUACUUAAUUAAGCUUUUCGAACCGACAUCGCAUUUCGGAAUUUCGGUUGACAUUUCAUGAGUUAGCCCACCUACUGUAUAUUUUUAUACCGUUUUUUUGGCAAACUUCCCCGGCACGACAUUUUGUACAUCGUGGUAGAUUUAAACUCGUCCGUUGUAUUAUGGUGAGAAAUGGCUAAAUUGGAUAUCACAAGGGGAAAACAGGGAAUACCUGAAGGUGCAUCCUUGUCAUUUGCACUCAUCGCACCGGAAUUCUUCAAAAUGCCGUUUAAUGUUGCGUAAACAUUAGCUGUCUACUUUUUGGAUGCGUGAAAAGUAAAGUGUUUCAUGGAAAUUCCGUUUUUUUCUUACAGGAAACCCUCUUAGAGACUUUUCUUAUACAGAAAUGGACAGGAAGCAGCGUCCGCCGGAAAUUUUUGUAAGUUAUAUGCCCGUUUAUGAUCCUGCCUCUCUACCAUAUGACUCGACGGAUUUAUGAAGUUUACCUUGGAAACGUACGUAAUAAUUUGGGAUAAACACUUUGUCUUCACGCCUAUGUAUCUGGAUUUAGUAUAGCUUGAGCGAAAGGCAAGGCUUAUCAUUGUGGGGAGUAUGACAAAAAACCACCUGCGAACUUUAAUUCAAAAACCACUUAUCAUGAGCCGAUUAGACUGGACACAAGAAUAGGCAGUCUCUGUAUUUCAAGUUGUCGUAGGAUGGAAAAUACAGGUACCUGGAUUCCGAUCUCGUUGGGCGUCAGAACUCAGGUCGACAAUGGUAUAUCUGAUAUGAAAUAUGACGGAAACCCGACUAGGGUUGAAAGGUAUUAUUUUCCAAUAAGUAGGACGGUGUAGAUUUGGUGGGGAGCGUCAUAGAGAAUUGUGAAAUAGAGCGCUAAGUAAUUGCGUCACGGCUAUCAUUGCGGGGAGUAUGACUUAAAACUACCUGUGAACUUUCAUUCAAAAAUUGCGUACCAUGUACCGAUUAGACUGAAUACAGGAAUAAGCGACCUCUGUGUUUCAAGUGACCCUAGAAUGAGAAACACAGGUAUCGGGGUACCUGUUCUUUUGUUCAAACGCCAGUUAUACGCGCUUAUUCAGUCAACAGAGACUUUGUAAUGAAACCCGACAAACCGUGCGCCGAGUUAGGACAUUGUUUCCCGAGAAGAGAGAGGGUAAGGGAGAAAAUGGCUUAUUUGGAAGCUUUAAUUCUUACACUAAGCAUACACCUGUUGAAAUCGCAAAGCAAUUUCACGAAUUGACAGAUAACUUGGUGUGGUAUUACUAGUGUGGUGGCGUAUUUGAUCACCGUUUUGGGAUUCCAAUCUCGUUGCACGUAAGAAAUCCUGUCAAUGAUGGCGUACCUGAUAGUUGAUAGUUGAUUAUAUGACAGAAACCCGAGUAGAAUUGAAAUGAAUCAUUUCGCAAGAUGUAGUGCGGUGCAGAUGGGGUGGGUAGCAUCAUGGAGAAUUGUGAGAGAGGACGCUCGCCGAUCGCGUCACAGGACCUACUCGUUUUGUUGUGCUUAGGGGUUAGAUCUAGAGCCCUGUAUGUAGUCCUGCAGCGACUAACGACUAACGACAAGGACAAGCGGAACUAGAGUGCCCAUUUCUGGCUUUGGUAGCCGUCAUCCGCCGACCAUACCCAAUCCCAAGUGCUCUGCAACACCGAGGGUCGAACCUGCCUGUGGUUGAGAAGAAGUCCAACGCUUCGACGACUGAGGCACGGGCUCGCUCUGCCGUUCGCGAUCAAAAGCGUCAACUAUGGUAGAGUGCGCACACCGAUCGCCCCACGAGACUUACUCGUUCGUUGCUUUGUCAUGUCAUUCUUUGAGGGCCAUCACCGCCCCGGAAGUGCAACACUGGUUUGCACGCAGCCCUGUCUAACGGAUGGGGGACUUGCAAAGCGUCUCGCUUCCAUUGACUGGACGCUGUGGGAGGAGACGGAGAAGAUUUUGGGCGAAGUGGCCAACGAUGUUGAAAAAACGACUGCGCCUGCCUCACACGUUCGGGCCGUAAUCGCCCAGGAAUCAGAAUUCAAGUAGACAGUCCUAGAUCUCCCUUUGAAGAGUACUACCGCAGAUGUGAGUAGGAUGUUGACACCAAGAUGUAGCUUUCCUCGCUGGACUCGACUUCAUUGCAGUUGUAGUAGAACCUGCUAAUUUACCUUCUUGCUUUAGGUUCUCUGGCAUUCAUGAGCGGCUGAUAAGUUUGUCGUCAAAGCAAAUUGACAAUUCAUCAUUUCACCUGAAUAAUGUUUCUUAACAGGUAGAUGUGAACCUUUGGUAAACGGUCGUCCAUAGAAAAUCCGGAUUUGUUCUGAUGGUCUGGCAUUGCGGUGAUUGCAUUUUUUUUCGGUGAUUUGUGUUCCUGUCAUUGAAUUAGCACGGUGGCUCUGAAGAGUUCUUGGAGGAUCUUCAUCUCUUCUAGUUUGGCGACUUGAGUGCUGCAAUGAGUUUGUUUGCGAACCUGCUGUCUGAGUCGAUAUUCUCCAAUUUGCAAGACCAGGCUUUUGCGCACAGCUCAUCUUUGCAGAGGGCAUAAGUGUGAACUCUUUUGAACGCUUCAAGUGCAUUGGUGUUUUGUCCACCCACCGUUCCAUUUACUGUCCUGAAACCUCGGUGUAACUAGCCCCCAAAAUCGUAGACUUCUCCUAUGCAACAAGAAAGGGGUGAUAUCGAGCAAUGCUACACGAUUGUACAAGAAAGACAGAAAUGGCUGUUUCUACGUUAUCACUCCUAGUCAGUCAGUCAGGCCCGAUGAUCUAUGGUCUGCAAGGCAACCGUCGUUUGUCCGACAGAAUGGGCACAGCAUCAUUGACUUGCGCAUGACUUACUUUAUGGGGUUAUGCAGGCUUGCACCGCAUCUGAUGCACUCACUUUUCUAUCACCUAGCUUAUUCCGACAUGGGGCGACCGAAGGUGGGCGAGGACGCAGUGGCCAAUAAAAUUAGACCGCCUGUCUACGCGUGCCACACACGAGCUUGUCCUAACUGCAUGUACUUGGCUUCCUCAAAAGCGGAUCGGAUCUCGCAGGAGUGAGGGCGCCCUAAAGCCGAGUUCAGGAAGAGCCACUGCGGCUUGACUUUCAGUCUUGUGAAAGACCGAGUUACCCUGUCAGUUGGUAGUCUCCCACGCCAUGACUCUCGGUGCGUCGUCAGCUUUUGAAGCAUUGCCCCAAGGGUGGACUCUUCAGUUUCGACCUCACGCCCCCUGCUAUGCGCCAUCCGGCUCUCCGAGUCUGUCAGCGAACGAGGUGUGACUUGAACGCCUACGUCUUAUGCGUCCUAUCGCACGCAGGUGUAGCAGUAGCUAGGACCUUAUACGGACUCAGCGCGGUCUGAAAAACGCGUGUCAGCAGUCAGUCUAAGCUGUGUUGCGGAACUGCAAACCAAUGGUACAGCCCAUUGUGGAAACCAGUGAUAACGAAUCUCGCACGGAUUCGGGAGACGGAGGCGCCUCGAGUUUAUUUUUACUAGGACGAAAAUUUUCUUCAGACUUAGGCCACUUCACUUUAAGAACAGGUAAAGUAUUGCGUUAAGGCUUCUUUUUCACCUGCAGCAUGAGGAAGAAAAUAGUACCUGCAAUGCAGCCCCCAGGGGAUCCCCCCACUUACUUUAACCGCGCGCAUUCUCUACUCUUCACACCCUGCCUUUAGACAUGCUCCUCUUACCUAAAAACGACUAAUCUCCGAGCGUCUCUUCGCCUGAAUUUUAUCACUGUCACAGGCAGCCUCUGUAUCCUUGCACUUCGCUUUGGUUGCUGUGGGAGACGGUUUUAUUGUUAUUCAGAUGUUGACAACGAGGGUAGAUCGAUCGUUAAAGCCGCCUCUUUUUUCAUGUCCAAAUGUCGGAGCUCAUGUUUGGGCCCGUGUUGGAGGGAAUUUUCAAAAAAAUUUAAAGCGAACCGUCUAAAUUUAUCCUGUCUCCGCGUGGCAGACGCGAGGUCGUAAGGCUUAACGACUGGAGACACGUUCUGACGUAUAGCAGAAUGACUGCUAUAGCAACGAAGUAUAUUUCCGCAGGUGCGAAUGAAGGCAUUGCUCGCCGACUGUACGCGCAAGACUCACGCUGCUCAAGGAAUUACUGAAUGCAAGCUAGCCGGUUGGUGUGGCUUGUAUGGGCUUCCUAAUCGAAUUGCUUCAGCAGUAGUAGAGUCUCCCAAGUGUUCGUUCACUUUCCUAUAAUUUCAAAAAUCUGUUUCAAAAGCUGACUGCAGACUUUUAGUUCAUUCAGUAAUUGACGGUUUGAAUACGUGAGUUUUCAUAUAAUAAUUACCAUUUAGGCAUUUAGUGUGAAUUGUUUCGAAUUCUGGGAACCAUACACAUUUUACUCAGUUCUGCAUUGAAUGGCUGGGAUGGUUCUCAGGGAAAGCCUACACAUUUUAAUGUGUAGCUUAUUCUGAAAUGGCACUACCCAGUUGGACGCGCAAUUACCAGGCUUUCAUUUUGCCAUAAAAUAACCGCAGAAUAACCACGUUAUAUGCAUGGGCUACUAACAGGCAGUUAGUAGCAUACACAUGUUGUGCUAUAUGUAUAUCGCCUUCAGGGGAUGAGAUGGUACUUCCCAGUUGGACGCGCAAUUACCAUGUUUUUAUCCUGCUGCGAAAUAGAUAUGAAAUAACAUCAGCAGAGGGCGCCACCUUCAUCUGGACCUUCAAGCGCUGGAGCUCGGAUCCGAAGGCUGCGUCGACCGUGGCGACUGGCGACAUUGUCCACAUCUACUCCAUCGCUGUUAACAACACCCGAGGGACCGGUGCACUGGACUGCAAGAAGUGUCCUCUGGGCGUCGAUGGGCUCCGGUAAGUUGUCAGUUCGGAGGAUCAUAAAAACUGCCGAAUUUUUGAGAUAGAAUUCAGACUACUUCCAGAAUCCUAAUUUAGCCGCAGCGGCCUGUCUCAUCCAAUUUUAAAAGAAUUAUUUUAAAUGCUUUUUGGUAGAACUGAAUUACAGUAGAUGUGCUAACUCAUGAAAUGUCAACCGAAAUUUCGAAAUGCGUUUUCGUUUCGAAAAGAUAAAUUAAGUAGUGUUGUAAAACUAAUCAUGACGCAUCAUAAAUCUAUAAUGAUCCAGUUACCUCAGGUUGUCGGCUUUCGAACGAACUUAUUUUCGGCUGCAUGCAAGAUCUAUACUCUGCAAAAAAUGACUCCUUAAGUAUUAUGCAAUUUUCUCAAUGAUUUUCGAUGCCCAUGAAAAUUCAAUCCUAUUUCAUGGAAAAAAUGCAAAAAAUAUUCAUUAUUUUACUUAUUCGGCAGAAAAUCACGUCUUCUUCCAAUUUCAUACUUAAAAGAAGAUUGUAAUUCGGUUUCGAAGAAGUUUCUAAUUGUGGGAUUUUUUAAUACCGUUAAAUGGCCGUUUGUGAAACGUCAUGUAUCUGCAUUUACGAAUAAGGCUUGUAAAGUUAACAAUAUUGCUCAAAUCCACUGCUUAAUUUUAUGAACCUCAUAUGGUCACCUCUUAACAUCGUAGAGAAAUGCAUGGUUGUCCGUACACGGAAAAUAUACAGCUAGUAGUUUUGAAACCCUGAAUGCAAGUGUAACAGCAGGUCGGGUUCAAAAUUAACAGAAUUAUACUCUUCUUUUGAGCAUGAAAUUGGAAGAAGACGUGAUUUUCUGCCGAAUAAGUAAAAGAAUGAAUAUUGUUAUGCGCUUUUUCCAUGAAGUAUUAUUGAAUUUUCAACGGCAUCGAAAAUCAAUGAGAAAAUUGCAUACUACAUAUGAAGUCAUUUUUUGCAGAGUAUAGAUCUUGCAUGCAGCCGAAAAUAAGUUCUUUGGAAAGCCGACACCCUGUGGUAACUGGAUCAUUAUAGAUUUAUGCUGCAUCAUGAUUAGUUUUACAAGACUACUUAAUUUAUCUUUUCGAAACGAGAACGCAUUUCGAAAUUUUGGUUGACAUUUCAUGAGUUAGCACAUCUACUGUAUAUGACCCCCUGAAACAGGGCAUGAUAACAGGAGCGCCUGUAAUAUUGGUGGCUUUGAGCCAACUUCAAGUAAACUUGGGGUUAGUUCCAAGGUUAGAGUUAGGGCUAGGUUACGGAUCAGGUUUAAGGCUUGAUUUAAAGUUAACGGUAAGUCUGAAGCAAGUUUAGGGCUAGGGUUAACAGCAGAGUUAAAGUUUAGGGCAGGGUGGCGGUCAAGAUUGGGGGAACGAUUUAGUUUUAUAUUACGGUUAUCGUUGAGGCUAGGAUACGAGAAUAUGUUGUUCAUUCCGGAAUUACGCGCAUGCCCAAGUUUAUUACUUGGGCGGGGCGUACAUAUCCCAUAUACUGUCAAAGUGGCCACAUACGCCAGUCCAACCGUUUUUUUUUCGAUUAAAAAGGAUUAUCUGGGCGUGGCUGUAAUGUUGAUUAUCGUGCAGCAUAGUCGCGAGAUAUUUUAGUGACACUGGAAUACCGGCCUUUGUAUGAGCUUCUUUCCAAUUGCUCGCGAAAAUCACACUCAGUAUAAAAAGGACUACUUAUGUAGAAAGCAUUUUACCGAGUGCUUUUCGAUUCCCUUUAAAUUUGAAAAUAUUUUGUAGAAAAGCACUCACAAAAAUAUAAUUUUUUGUUCUCAAUUUGUAGUAAAUUUCGUCUCCAGUUUUCUACUGAAAGAAAAGCCCUCUGCCAAUUUUCAAUAAUCGAGACUUGCUGUUAUACUUUCGGUUAAGCUUUCGAAAAUACAAGUCGCGCACUUUUAGCUUUAAAAAAAUCUCACAAUUCUUAUUGUUGUGAAGAAGCAUUUUUCAAUUUUCGCAAUGGAUGUGGGCCUUGUUUUAUAAUUCAUAAAGUGUAUAAAUGAACUAACAGGUGCGAUGUCCUUUAAAUUCGCCUUUCAUGAUCCUAAAAAGCCUCAUACUUGUAAUGUUAACUAGAAUAAUAUCCGUUCAUUGACUAUAAAAUAUGAAGGAGAUGCGCUGUACUCCAAACGAAUUUAAUAUAGGAUAUUUCCAGAAGGCGACCGAAGAGAUAUGCAUUUAAAAGCCGGCAUGCAGGCGUGGCGGUCCGAUAAUCAGCAUUACCACCCCCAGCUGAGUGAUACCUUCUAAUCGCGGACACAUGUAAGAAUGUCGGCUAACAUUUUAUGGGAUACGCCACCUAGUAUGUUAAGUUCUCAGGUGCGGGAGCUUUCUAAACUGUUGGUGCAUUGUCAUCCUGGAUAAUAGCUUCCCGCUGGCUUACUGCAGUUGCCACAGUGCGAGUACUUCCACCUAGUGCAGAUCAUUAAUAUUAUCAACAGCCCGCUACGCAAACAUAGAUGGGUCGAGAUACUCAUUCGGGCCUUCGGGGCUCAAAUCUGUACUCAUCCAGGGAAUAAGUAGGAUUCAUCAAGGAAAGUUUCAAAUUCGCCGUCACACUACAUGAAGCAGCGGCGAGAGUUAGGGAUCAUCAGUGAGUCACCCAGCAUUGCUCGUGUACUUUCAGGUACGUACUCCGGUUUUACUAUGCUCCUCUUUUUAAUUUUAUCGAAAAUCAAUACGCUAACUUGGAGUAAAUCCUUCGGAGCGGACCUCUCUAGGUUAGGCCCGAAAGUUAAUAUGAAUACUUGAGCUGGAAUCCACCAGUUACUGCGGAAUAGCCGUGUACUAGUCACAAGUUGUCAACAGGCAGUCAACAGUCUACACACAAUUGGUGAUUGGCCAGACUUAAGCUCACUGAACCGAAAUUGUUCCUCCACGUCCGUAAAAAGAGAAGACCUGCCGUAAGUCGGCGCAAAACGCCCUUUCAAACUUCCCGUCAUUCCACCGUGAUUAUCUUUUCAAUCCCCGUAUGCCUGGACAAAGGAUCAAUUAGCCCCCACGAUUACAUUCCUAUAGAAUUCCUACUUAUUUGAUUAAGGUAUGCGUACGGGGUCAUACAUCUGGGAUGCCUGCACGGACCAAAUGGGUGGCUGAAAAUAAGGAAAUUAACGGAAGCGUCCAGAUAAGGCAUAAACAGAAGCUACAGGCCUCAAUUUUCAUGGCCUAAAACUGCUAAUUGGAAUUAUAGCAGGGAAUAGGAGAAGGGCGAAUUCCCGUGACAUUGCUAACGGCGUGGAUGAGAAGGAACAAUGGACGACUUCUCAUGAUCUGGUAAGUGGCUGGUAGAAAACAAACGAGCGACCGUUCACUGGAUUAGAAAGGAAUCUAGGGGACAGAGCUAACUCAAUGGACAACAUGGUCCCCAAGGGUAUAGUACGCUCUUCCGACUUUGUCGGCAACAGGGCUCAUGGCCUACAGUUUGAAGGCAUUCAUUAGAUUAUCAGCCACUGACAGAAAGCAAUAUCAAGCUACCUAAAUCAAAUCAGUAGUCACUAUAUAUGAAUCUAGUUCUACCGGGGCCACCCCUACUACAAUGACCUAAGUUGCUGCUUUGGUGUCUCUGCAUAGGUGCAAGCCCUGCGGCCAGGGCUUUUUCUUCGCUCUGGUGAGGAACUCAUCAACAAAUCUUACGGUCCCCGCCUGUGCGCCCUGUCCAAACGGGUCCAUUGUCAUUAGCGAUGCCACUUCCGCCAUGACUGUGGAACAGGCCUGCAAGCCCUGUCCUCCCGGCACUCGACCCGGUUCCGCAUCCUUCUGUGUGACGGAUUUAAACCCUGUUUCUCCCAAAGGCCAGUCGUACAAGUUAAAAAACCUCAUGACGUGAGUGAUUGCUAGUUGUUUCAUUUUUUAAAUCACUAGAUUGUGCGGGGGUGGGGAUUAAUUUACGGGAAAUUACUCAACCGAAUCAAAAGAACUGUAUGGGCCUCUAGAAAUUCGUUUUAAUCCUAAACAAAACUUUAUUUUCUGUCAAAAAAUCAAGAGGCAUGCACUGGAAGGGGCCCUUUUUUAGGUUUGGCGUUUCGAUUAGUGAUUUCGUGUAUCAUUCUUCAGAGAUUUGUGAUUCCCGUAUGAAAAGCUCUCAUUUUAUGGCUAUUUUCCUUAGUUCGUACGUCACCAAUGCAAACCGUAAAGGUGGAUCAGACCCGGUUUCACCAUUAACUAGGUCGUUCCUCACCCCUUCAUCACGGACCGAAGCGAUGAUUGCCGGUCCCGAUUACUUCAAGCCUUCAUUGUCUCCUGUCGAGUAAGUUGGCAAAACCAGAUAGGGGGAGAUAGGCUUUAUGCAAGAGUCGACUGAGUAAUUGGUGGAAGUCCAGGCUUAGUGCACCUGUUUAAUUUGGAGGUAUGAAUAAUGAUACUUACUUACUUACUUGACACUUGAUACGGCUGCGAUCAUGACUGGUCUAGCAAGCCUCGAUUAUGUCACGAACUGCACCUCUCCACGCGUGACGAUCCGCGGCAGCAGAUCUAGACAGCUUAACCCAUUCUCUUCGCCAACGACUGAGACUGAGUACUGAAGGUCUGAGAAACACCUCCAUGUCUUGACGAACUGUAUUCUGGCCAGGUUUUGAACUGACCUCCUCUUCGACGCCUCCAGUGGGGUAACGGUGCCAGAUUGAGGGCAGUAACACUGAGCUCCUGAGGUGGACCACGAAGAACAUGUCCGAACCACCUCAAUCGUCUUUCUUGGAUGGCCUGGUUUAUCCUCGCGAUGUUGUCGCAGCGAGCGCGGACUGUCUCAUUUGAGACGAAGUCGGUGAAAUUCACUGGACGGAUGGUUCUCAAGCAGUGGUGAUCAAAUACCUCCAGUGUUCCUUCGUCCUCCACGCGCAAAGCCCAGCAUUCACAACCGAAUAGAAGGACAGACCGGACAGAUGAAUGAUGCAAGCGAACCUUAUUGUCGAUUGAGAGGUUGCGUCGGAUGCAUAGACGUUUAUGUAGGCUUGAGAAAACCUGGCGGGCAGCAUCAAUUCGGGAGAGAAUGCAAUGUUUACUCUGUCCAUUAGACAGCAGCCUCGUCCCGAGGUAUGUAAAACUGUCUACUUCCUGACAGCGAUCAAUCCCAAGGGGUGCCCUCUCCUGAUCAGGGAUGCAGACUGAAAACACUUUGGUCUUCCCGGGCUUAGAUAACUGCAGAUACAGACAGGGCGCACGACUAGAUUCCCACGCAGAACGAGGCCAGCAUAUUCCGAAGAGCAACCUAGCCGGUUAACUGCCCUCCAUCGUUAAUUGUCCGACUGUGUUUAUUCACGUUGACUGUCAAUGUCAGCAAAAGUCAGUCCUCGUAGCUCACAGCUCACCAGUUCCGAACUCAUUCCGACCCGGGUGGAAGGAGGCCUUAAAGCUUCGACCUCGCAACUUCCAAAAGUGACUUUAGUAAGUUGGCAUUUAGGCUAAUUUUAAUAAUUGACUGUAGGCCUUUCCUUAACGACUGAACGAUUCUAAUUUUUGCGGUUGUAUCGAACCGGGCAAGUGCAAGUCAACUCCUGCUAGUCCGCGCUUCACUCUGUUACCUUUCCUGUUGUUGCUCGUUAAUGGAAUGAGUCAUCCUUUAUGGGAAUUCAGGAACAGCCCGGCAUGUCAAAUAACUGAGUAAAUUAUAACGAACAAGCGUGAAGUGACUGCGUAGGUGGGCCCCUCAGCUUCACUGCGCAAGGCAAAGUGAGCUUCCUCUUCUGUCCCGAUGCGACGAAAGAUGUGGGUGCCGAGUCUCAAGGGCAGCACCUCUACCCACUGAUCGAAAAAGCCGUCUCUGUGUGCCUUUAAAUCCUUUUCGUGUGCGCUCGCGGGUUAGUAUGCCUAGGUUUGCCUGAUUUCACCCUUUAUUAUCUUGUUCUCUCAAAGCCGUAGUCACUAGACAAUCAUUUAUCCUUUGGUUUUUUGCUUUUCAUAGUGAGACUAGUGUGAAGGGCGCUCGUCUGUUCACCUCGCAAGGGAACGCGUACAUUCACAACUUUAAGUUUAACCUGAAUACCGGAGACAUGCGCAAUAGGGUUCAUUGCAUCAAUGACGAUAACCCCUACGUGAGUUUGAGUUUACUAGAACAGAUCUUGCCAAUUUGGUUUAUAUUUAUGUAUGAAUGCAUAUAGUUUUAUGCACAAAAACUCAAUAUAAAACACCUUGUUGGUCUCCUGAAACACUGCUUUGAAACCUUUUUACCUUCGAUGUUUACGAACUAGUCAAUGGCACACCGAUGGGGUCGCCGCUAUCCAGCUUGAUCGCUGAGGCAAUGUUACUGCGAUUGGAGGCACUGGUUUGUUGCUUCGUUUAAUUUCCGAGGAAAUUAAUGCGCGAACUUGGAGUAAAUUUUUCGGAACAGACCAUUUCAGGCACGGCCCAAAAUUUGAUAUGAAGAUUUGACCUGAACUCCGUCAGUUACUGCGGAAAAACCUCGGGAUACUCACAAACCACCAACAGACAAUCAGUAGUAUAGAAUUUUGUAAUUAUUUACCGCACCAAAAACACAGGUAUUAGCUAAUGACGGCGUUGUUAGUACGGUAAAUAAUUGCACUGGUUCUUGACCACUAUCGGCCACGACUGUAGGUACGGUAUGUCGAUGACACAUUUGCCAUCAUCAAUCGGGAUAAGAUUGGGGAAUUCACGCAACACCUCAACUCGAUCUUCCCAGAUAUUCAAUUCAUAAUGGAGGAAGAAAAAGAUUGUCAGUCGCUGUUUCUCGACGUAUUAGUCUAGAGAAAAGACGAUGCGAUAUUAAAAACAACGGUUUACCGGAAGCCGACCAAUUCCUAUGGCAACCACCCCCUUUCACACAAACGCAAAUGUGUGCGAACACUUGACCGGCGUGUAGAAACCCAUUACAGCGAACCAGCCGACAAGAAGGCCGUUGUCCAGUUCCUGCGGAAGCUCUUCACAAUUAACGGCUACCCUGGGAAUUUUGUCGAAAAGUACAGGCAAGAAACCCGAGGAAGAAAACCAAAGAGAUGACCAAAACCAGAAUUCUGUCGCGCUGUAUUGUUCAUAGUUGUUGUGUCAGUAGAAUUAAGUGGACUGAUGAGCCAAUUUAGGAUUGGUGUCGCUCACAGACCUGAAGCAACAACCCGCCUGCAACUCAUGCACUCUAAGGACCCAAUUCCCAUCACUCAGGAAUUGGGGGUCAUUUACCGGAUGCAUUGCAUGUGCGGUCGAUCAGUUUUGUUUCUGAAACAGGUUCGCACGAGAUUGCACGAGCACUAGUCGGAUGUGAGAUGGAAGGAUGAACUCUCCUUGAUCGCCGCCCACACCACCAGCAAGUGGCGGUCAGAACCCCGACGUGCGGCCGACUCUGGGCCCGCGAGCGCACCCGUUCGCUCGGGUAAUGUGGAGUGAAUGAAUAAGUUUCGCAUGAGAUUUCCCUCCAACAAGCCACGCGAUAGAUCUGCUGGACCAACACGGAGACUAGAUCGGAAUCCGGUAGGCGUUACUGGGAAUGUGCACCCAUGAGAAACGUCAACAUUGGGGUAUGGUGGUCCGCCAAUGUACAGGUCCAUGCCGCGCCAACUGGUAUCCGGGCAGCCGCUCUUCUGUCGUGUCGUUUAAAAUCCUGUUCAGUGUACUGUAAACCAGGAGGUGUGGUGGUUCGCCUAGGUGCGGGUUUUUGCCGUGCCUCUCACCUGCGUUCUCUCCCACCUCCGGUCUUCCGGUGGGGAGGUGAAACAAGAAAUACAGUGGGUGCUGCACAAGUCUGCUAUCACUACAAACUAAUUCACGCACGAUUCCUUGAAUGGUGUAGUUGCCCCGGAUGGAAGGCCUGAUGUGUCGCACCUUUUCUUAUCAGUUAAUCAGCCUUUAGGUCUCAGAGAAACGCCACAAAUGUGCGCUGGAACAUGGUGUUAUCUUGUUUUUGACUUUACGGUGGAAAAUUAAAAAGGUCGAAAUAAGUCUAAUAAAGCUCUAUAACGAGCCACGGUCGAAUUUAAACCCAUCGUGCUCAUCUUUUUAAUGCCAUAGGUGAGAGAUAACUGAAGUUUUUUAAAGUGCUUGACAUUCCAAACAUUUAUUUUGUGGAUGUCGAGAGUUUUGUUCGAAAUGGUGAUGAAAAAUCGAAAGAAUAUGAUCGGGUCAUAAUAAAAGAUAGUGAUCGUGCCCAUGAGAAGACUGUUUAGAUGAGCGUGAUGAAAAAAAAGUGACACAGAAAAUCGUCCAUUAAUUUAGCUCCCCUUCCUGGAUUGAAUUAUUUUCUAUACAGCGUAUAAACUUUCGAUGAAGUCUAAUGCCAUCCGAAUGUAGAAACCUCCUAAGGACCCGCCUGUGAAGCACUAAACAUGCUUUUGCCAAGAUAAGGAAGGUUUGUAGGCAAUUACUGGACUUUUUUGACAAAGGCAACUUUCUUCUUCAUUUGUUCGUGUUCAGUAGGGUAUUCAUGGUAUAUAUUUACGUUGUCACACUGCAAGUAAAUUUUCUUUUCUCCUUUUAGCGGAAUGUGACAUCUUGGGUGUGCAAAGAGACACUCAUUCCAAAACCGCACAGCGGUAAGGAAAAUGAAACCUUCCUCCGAAUAUCUCCACUCAGGUAAGUGAGGAUCUUCGAGCAAUUUGAAUCCAGACAGGGCGCAAGUGGUGAUUACGCUGUGAGUAGGAUGGGUAUUAGGCAUGAAACUGUUCUCUACUUCUCUCCACCCUCUCUCCCUCCAUCUAGUUGCUUCCUAACGAAAAAUUAAGACUUCCUAUUCCCCAAAGUAUGCUUCUACAUUGUGAGACUCCUGCGAACAUACGCAAUCCUUCAUGUUUUAAUUGUUGAUUCAGGAUUACUGAUGCGAAAUAAAUCAUUCAAAGUGGAAAUUAGGUGUAAUUUGGCGAUAACUAUACUCGAUGCAGGCAGACAUAAGCAAACAGUUUGUUAUAGUACGUACUUGUAAUAAGUAGCCAUUAUUUUUCAAUUUCAAAAAAAGAAAUCAGUCGUAUCGAGUUACCUGGAGCCGUCUGGCGGCCUGUGAAUUUCUAAUUUGCUUUACUCUCAAGGCAAGUAUAAUGCAUUUUAUAUUACGUUGGCGUGGAACUCACAUUUACCUACUUAACAACAUAAAAUAACUAUCACUUGACACGAACGGUCGCAUAAACGGAUUAUCCGAUUGUCGAUAAAUCUCCUUGUCUAUUUCCUACAUUCACUUCACCCACCUAAUGACAAUUUGCGUCAAGCGUGCCACUGCCGUUGUGUAUUUUCAAAUAAUACAUAAAUACUGGCUUGCUCUCUUUCGACAGCUUAACAUUCAUGUUGCGAAGAAUAUAAAGAGGCGCACAAGUGUUUGAAAACAAACUAACAUCUGCUACACACUGCAUGUAAGGCCAGGAACGCAUGCCAACUUCUCUAAGCAAAGUCAUCAGCAACUUUUAGUAUUGAAGAUUACUUUUUUUGCGCAGGUUUUCUCAAAACUAUACUUGAGUUGUAAAUAUAUCGAAAAUCAAUUGGAAAAACUCAUGCUGCUUAAGUAGCCAUUUUUACAGAAUCUAGUGUUUACUAGCUCGUUCAAAAGCCGGAACUCUGCCAUGGCCGAAAUAUCUUGUGAUUAAGCUCUGAUAUAGUUAAUCUUACGGCCUUACUUAGGCAAUCUUCUUUAAUCGAAGAUACAUUUCAGAAUUUCGGUAAGCAUUUCAUGACAUGGUGCACCUACUAUAGACUUCGGUGUCGCGUUCUCCACCUAUUCUGUCACCUUUCAUCACAUCGAUAAGGCGGACUUCGACCUUACAAAUUAGGGCAAAAAGCAGAGGUCUAAUACGCCAAUUUGAACAUUUCGGGAGCAUCCAUUCGCUCGCUAUUUGCGGACGGAUCUGUUCACAGAUGAGUGAAAGAUUUGCCUGUAGGCAAAAUUGGGCACAUUACGCAAUCGUAAGGCAACCAGUCAUAUUCGAUCGCUGUGCAGUACACCGUUUUUGCAUGCAAGCAACCAUCUCAUCCGCACGCCCCCAAACUUUCUAGCGCGAUAAUCGCACCCGGUCCAGACCCCUGUUUUGCUAUUGUUUCUACGGCCUCACAAUGCACCUCCAAAGGGUCAUCAAACCUUGGAUUAUAAGUAAACGUUCACGACCCUCCAAGCUACUUUAACCUAGAGAAGGGAGCUGAUGAGACAUUCUGUCUACUGCUUCCGUGCGCGAUGUAAGGAGGGACCUGAAAUCGUUAGUUUUGUCAUCAGAGUCACGGAAAGUCGGACUUCAGUGCUGGAAGCACCCAGCCGCCCACAGAGCAAUAUUGCUGCUUUAAGCAAAGAAAAAACUCACUCGCCGUGUGCCACUUUAAGCCUAUGGAUGCAUUCGGUUUGUGCGAUUUUAUUAUUCUUUGCAUUUCACCAGCAAAAUUUACGUAUAUGUUAUCUUCUGUAAACUAAAACAUGUUGCGAUCUCUCUCAAGCACCUGCUUUGUAAUCUGAUAAUGGACUAAAAUCAUAAAAAGCUGCAUCAUCUGCCUGCGCAAACUAGGCACCCAUCCGGACCGAGUGCUCCAGCUCAAACAUUACUGUUAUGCGCAUGCCAGUACGCUUUACGAUGACCUUCGACCGCAGAACAGGUCCAUCCUCUUACUUCCUAAUAAGCGACACGCAACGAUAUCACUCUAGUUUUUGUCCCCAGGGGUCCACCCAUUGCGGUACUGCGACGCAGUCUUAAGUCAAUCGACAGUCGAGUCCCAGACUAAGUCCACUGACUAUUUCCCCUCGUUUAUCGGGGUGCGACUCCUGUUUGUCGCAUUCGUUUCGUAUAACAGCAGGGUUGGCAUUGGCAAGCCUAAAAUAACUGAGUAAACUCCGGGUUUUAGGAAAACUUGUUUUUUUAUUCUUUUUCGAUACCUACCUAUCGCUUAUAUGACGAUUAUUUGGCAAAUUUAGUAUCGGAGAUACGUUGGUAUCGGCCAAACCUACAUCCUACUCUCCGGACCACGCGCGGACCAUAAACGAGAAGCUAAGAAAGGCCGGGUGGAGUGCCGAUGGUAAGGGUCCUGAUUUUCUUUGUUGAACAUACCGAUCGGACAUUCGCAAGGGACUUAUUUGAAUUCGUCCCCCAAAUGUAUAUAUGUAUAUAUAGUUGGGGGGAAUACGGCGUAGUCUGUGGGAGGGGGUCGAUUGAUACACAUCCGUAUCGGACUUCUUUGCCGUCAAUUAGUAAUUUAUAGCACCUACUGCCAGCAGGGACCGGAGGCAUAAACAUGCUAAUCGACGCACUUAGCGCAAGUGGUACUAGAUAGUUAACAUAGGCGAAGAAGCGAACUGGACCAAUUGUCGCACAUGCGGCGAAUCUUAGCAGCGGCCAAUUUUAAUAGGUUCAACAUGACAUAGCAAGUGUAUCCUACAGAUACUUCGACCCCUUGGUCAAACAGCAUCCUUCUUGGUUGUUGUCUCUGAUUCGAUUGAGAAUCCGAGAUGUCAGACGAAUAAAGCUCCCUUGUUUUUGUCGAUAAUAUCAUUCUACGAAUAAAGCCGUUGUUUUGGUAAUCGGGUCUCCUUUCCAACUGACUCGGUCAAUUGUCCAACUUUUGUCGUACUCGAUUUCAUUGUUUCUGCAACUGACAACCUCCAGUUCCGCGGAUGUGGUUUUAGGCGACGCUGUGAGCAUGCCAACCGAGAGUAUCUGACUUUAUGGAAGAGCAGAAAACUGAAUCACAAUACUGUGAAGGUUCACGUUCGUGGUACCGUCCCGUAUGCAGAACGCCGCAUGAACGCUGAAGGCGAUGCUAUAGCCCCCUACAUUAAAGUAGUAUAACCAUCCCCAAAACACUAAGACCAAGGACACCAAUCUCACGGAUCGGGCGCGAGUAGGCACUUUUUUGAAUGGGGCGAAUCAAAAUCCCAUAACACAUCUGUAACUAACAAUGUACGCAAAAGUCGUAUUGCCGUGCAAUCCAUGCUUAAAUUUCAAAAAAAUCCAGACUCUGGAGACUGCGGAGAACGAACUCACUGGGACUGGCAAGCAGCUGUGUGCCCCCUAGCGACGAAACAAAAGUUGUAACGAAUGACUAGUUCAAUGACAUUUGAAAACACCAUGCGUUCAUCCAAUGACGGGACGUUCGCAAAAAGUAAAAUUAUGGAGAAUAGCAGUAAAUAAAUGAUGCAUACGUCUAAGCACACGUAGAUGAAUAAGAUAUACGGUUUUAUUAUGCGUAUGUAUGCUUGAAUGUCAAGUCAAUUAUUCCAGAAAUUAUUAAAUGUAGGGUAUGGAUUUAAGUUCCGCCCAAAAGGUCAUGUCUCGGCCAAUUAACACAAUGUCAGGCACUUUAUAUUUUCUAAAAUUACUGUCGUAAUUAUUUUCUGGAGUUUAUUUGCCCGAAACCGCUAGGGAACGCUGGGGUUCCCACUGAGGAGCCGAACUCUCCGCAGCUGGAUAAUGCAGCAGCAGAAACAUCGGCGAAACACGUGUCUGGGCUUUUAGCUAGUACCUAUGUCUGGAGUGCGUAUAGCACCUUCGCUAUAUAAAUAUGUAAAUGUAAAAUGUAAAUGUAAAAUACACGAAAUAUAAAGGCGCAAAUGCAUAAAACUGCACACGUUCAAGCGAAGUUGUAAGAAAUGGCAGGUCUCAAGGUCAGCUAUGCUAAUUCUCUGAAAUUCAUUUGCGUGAAGCCGCAUUGAGAACCCUGGGGAGCCCACUGAAGAGCCAAACUCCCUCCCCUCCGAAGCUGCAUCAUGCAACAACAGAAACACCGGUGAAGCACAAGACUGGGCAUUCAGCUAGUACCUGUGUAGAGAGUAUUAAAAUACCUUCGUUCCAUAUAUACGUAGCAGGUUGCGAGUUUGAGCCUGGAGUAUUCCACAUUUGGGGGUUGGGUAUGGCUGGCUGACGACGGCUAACAAGCCAUAAAUGGCCAUUCCAGUCUCCCUUGUCUUUGUCGGUAAUAUCAUUCUGCCUAUAUAUCAUGCGUCGCUGUGCGGCUGCUGGUUGGGCUUGAGAGAGAGCCCUUAAGGCACAACGGAACGAGUGAGUUCCGUAUGAACGAUCGGUGAGCGCCCCCUAACAUUGUAUAUUCCCGAUCGAAAACCGACAGGGCAACGGGCUCGUGGCCCGGUGAGUAGAGGCGCUGACUUCUAAACCAACAGGUCGCGAGUUCGAGGCUCGGGUGUUCAACACUUCGGGCUUGGGUAUGGCUGGCUGACGACGGCUAACAGGCCAGAAAUGGCCAUUCCAGUCUCCCUUGUCUUUGUUGACAAUAACAUUUUGCCUAUAUCAUGCACCGCUGCGUGGCUGCUGAUUGGACUCGAGAACGAGCCCGUAAGGCACAACGGAACGAAUGAGUUGCAUAUGAACUAUCGGUGAGCGCCCCUCUGCCAUUACUUACGUAACUACAAAAUACAAUAAAGAAAUCAGACUCAGAUGCAGCUAGACCUUGCCAUGAUCAUCAUCAUGUUAUGUGAAACCUCAGUUUCAAAUGGGAUGCCUAAAGUGACCUUAGCAGCCCGCACUAUGAAGAAGUUUCCAAAGAACUAUAUAGGCGAUAUCGACCCAACCUUCCACAAUACCAUCGACAAUAUCGUCUUCUGUUGAGACGGAUACCAGAAACUUUCCUAUCACACUACUGAGACCGAGUAUUGCGCAUAGUCAUACGAGGCGCAACUGUGACAUCGAUUCAAAGGUCCAAGCAAAGGAAGUGUCUGCGAGGGAGAUAAUGUCGCGCCGGGGAACGCAUGGGCGACGACGUCAAUUAGAUGUGUGCAAAAGAAAUGCUCUUGGGAAUGCUUGAGCAAUAGUUGUCCUACCCCCUAACCCUAACCACUAACUGUAACCCCUAAUCUCAAACCCUGACCCUUACCUUUAACCCCAACCCCUUACCACAACCCGUAACCAUAACCCUUAACCCCAACCACAACAGAAUUGUGUCCAUCAGGUGGGGCUGCCAAACCACAUCUUGAGAGUGUGGCGGUCAAGGAUGUAAGAUCAACUGUAACCGCACACAAUAAUUGCGUUCUGUCUAAUGUCAGAAGUCAGGGAACUGGGGAAAACAGGUUUAUUCUCUACAUGGGACAAAUUGCCGUGAGCUGGCUGUUUGCUUGUGUCGGAGCCAAGCGUCCGUUCGGGGGGGGGGCGUCAGCCGAGGUGAGCAUGUCCGUGUCAGCAGGUAGGAGCGACUGGCCGAGUUUUGGUCAUGGUGAAAGUUUUUAAGGAUAGCCGUGAGUCAUCGACCUACAAAACGGCACUGGAGAAGGGGCACUGAAGCGGCUGUUACAAGAGUAAAAUAUGCUUUCGAUGUCAGGCUUUUGAGAUAGUCCGUAAUUUUGACAGUAAACUGCAGAACUUCACUCGGUCUCCUCUAACCGGGUUUUCGCUUAGUCCUAUUUUGAGCCACGCUGUGUGUUAUGUAAGCACACUUUGCCGAUAUGAUUAAAAGAUGGGAUAUGUUCGUUCUAAGCCUUCUGCUUCUUUUGAGUUAAACCUCAUGAUUAUUGAUUGUUCUCCCCUGUCCUUGAGCUUCAAGAUGAGACGUAACGCCCACACCACCUCCGGCAUUCAGGACACUGUUUUGCGCCGUUUUUCCUGUGAAUGUUGCAUAAUUUCGUGUAGAGAAACUAGACUGUUUCUCCGACUACUAAGUCUGCACUUUGAUCUUCCUUUACUUUGCCGUCAGUGUUGUCUUACUGUUUGCUUUUAAAUAUUUCAUGCCAUCCAAUUUUUUUUAUUUCGUUCCAGAAAGCGGAAACGACCUUCACUACUACUUCGAUUCAAAAACGUAAGUAAUUUCUAAGUAAGAGAUUUCAAAGUUUUAAUUAAAAUCGUUGAGUGAUUAAAAACAGCUUACACCUCAAAUUAUAGGAUCUGUGCCGGUCAGACGGUCGAUGGCAUUACGUCUGUGUUUUUACUCCUAAACGGAACUAUUUCUGCAUGCGUUGUUACUAAAAAAGAGGAAGAGUCGAGGGUCAGUUAAACAUUGGCAAGAGCAUAGUGCUAAAUUAUCAUUUCUAAGGGUUUGCCAUUAGAGUUUUAAUUGUGUGCUUUUGAUUUGUGCAAAAUGUGGCCAGAAAUGGAUACACCAAAGGGAUACAAAUCAUUUCGAGUUCCAGAGGGGAGGGCUUUCUACAAGAAGGCCGGCCCAGUACGGCUAUCUACCGCAUAUACACUUGAUUGGCGAACUGUUUGACCAAUAAGAAUCGAGUUCCUACGUUGGUAUCGCCAAGUGUUGGAUAACAGUUACUUUUUCAAUUUGAGGUGUUGAAGGCCAGGAGCCGACGGUUGAUGAUGAAUCAGAUGCCUUGCAAAAAACCAAGUGGAUGGAAGACUCUCAGAGAAAAUAUGAAGAGAUAUAUUUACUGGAAGAUUUUGACAUAAUUACAAAAACCAUUGGAUUUGGGUCCCAAAUGUUAUAAAAGCUCAUAACGUCGGGGAAAGUCUAGUUGAAGGCGAGUCCCCAGAAUCGGGAGUAGGAUAGCUGACGCCGUCGACUGGGUGGGCAUGGGCUAUUCGUUGGUCUAUAAUUGAUUCUUGAUCAUAUAUUUGAACUUCCGAAGUCGAGACAUCAUUUAGUCCGAUCUGUUUUUGCAGUGAAAAGUACUGAUGAAGAUCCGAGAGAAGCGGAUGAUUUAGUUUUCUAUCAGACAGUAUCUAAGCCUACAUGUUGUGGCUAGCAAUUAUAUAAGAAUACGCUUAAAUUUGCAGGUUUAAUGAUGUAAUUAGCAUAAUUUAUGAGCGGUCGUGGUCAUUUAAAUUAUGCUGUAUGCGAAAGAAGAAAAAUCUCAUACGCGCCUGUGUGGCUAGGGGUUGCAAGGGUUAUGUUUCCUUGCAGACCACGCCAGUUGCGGACGUUCGUAGGUGACGGUUGAGUGCAUACACACGAUUACAAAUAAUGGACCCCUAAGUGAACAGCGUUAAGUUGGUGAAAAUAUGGUGAACACCGCGCUUUUUAAACUCAUCAAACACAUAGACUAACUUGCUUACUAAUAUAUGGGUCGAUUCAGUCAUUGAGGGAAUUAUAGGCGCGGGCCAUUAAGCGCCCCCUUUCCCAGGGUCGUAUGAGGAAAACUGAGCAUUUUGAAAAAAAUUAAUGGAAGGUCCGUACAAUGCUACCCGCAGAUUCCAAGGAAAGGUUUUCACUUCUCGGCAGAAGGGGAUUACCGACAAAAAACCGGGGAGACUAUGAUGAGCGUUUCCGACUUAUUAGCCGUCGCCAGCCAGCCGUACCCAGAUUCAGACGUGCAGCAUCUGAGCCGCGGUCCUACGCUCUUUGGUUGUUGAGUUUUAUUCGGUCCAUUGAGCCCGUUGGCCUGUCGGUUGCGAUAAGGAGCAGUAACUAUGCUGGGAAUGUGCUCAUCGACCUGCUGUGGUCUUUCAUGUCCCUCCUGAAUCAAAGUUUACUUUAAGGUUUCCUGCGGAUAAUGAGGUCAUAACAUCUGCAAGCAAGGCAUCCCACCAUUCUGCUAAAGAAUCCAGCCUUCCACACAUCUUGCCUGUUGUCUGUUGAAGGCAAGUUUUAGUGGGUGGUUGGUUGAUGACCAAAUUGCAGGCCACAGUACAGAAUGCUUGGGAAAGAGGGUAGGGCGCGGGAAUAGAUAAAUCCUCCGGUAGUAGAGGUAGCCUUACGCAGAAUUCCUGGAUAGGUGAAUAUUCCCCUGUCCCAGUCCUAGCGCUAUGCCUAUACCUAAGUUCAUCCCUAAACUCAACUACAGUCCUAACUGUAACACUGACCCUAACUGCUCUAGGAAGUAUGGAAGGUAUAUUUGCUGAAUAUGAGCCGCAAAACCCAACGCUUUACUCAUUCUUCCAGCCCAUUUGGGUUGCUCUGCCAACCAUUUUAAUCGGUACCGCUGUUGGUAGGGGGUCGGUUACGCUGUCCUGGCCCCAAGUGUAAGCACAAUGUGGGCAUUGCAAGUAAAGUGCGCCGAAGGAGGAUGUUGAAAUCGAUAGUGGGAAAGUAGCUAAAGAUAAAACGGAAACGGGAAACCUGGUGUUUAGAUUUAAAGGUAGGGUUAACUUUAGGGUUCAAUUUAAUGUGAGAAUGAAAAUCAAGUUUAGGGUUAGGAUUUGUGUAAGUUUAAGGUUUCCGGUUUGAAUUAGGGUUUGGUUUUGUGAUUAAGGUUAUUGUUAGGGUUCGGGUAGGGUUACGGUUAACGUUAGGGUUAGGAUUCGGAUCAGGGCUAAGAUUAGGCUUACGGUUGGGACUAGGGUCUGUGAGAGGUUUCGGGUUAACGUUAGGUUACUAAUUACGUUAAAGAUUAGGUUUACUUCUGAGGUUACGGUUAGCUGUACCGUUAGGUUUGGAUUAUUGCCGCCCCACGUUUCCUGUCAACCAGGUCUUUUGCGGGGAUUAUAGGCUUUAUUCAAUCUCGCGACAGAUUUGUCGUACGUCAGGUUACCCUUCCCGUUCUAGCCUUGGCUUCUUUCCCCAAUAAAGACUUCAGCAUUCCAAUUCGGUUUACUUUACUUUCGACGUUCGCAUUGUGCUUCCACUUGGCACCAGGACAACGUACUUGCCGCGCUGUGUACUACACCCAAGCAUUGUUGUUUCGCAGUUUACCUGUCCCAAAGUGAUUUACAAAGCUGUAGUAUACAUUUAGAUCACCGACAGCUCUUUCUUCAGCCAUGGUAGCAAUUGAUUCAGACAAACCCUCAGUGACUGGACGUAACUGGACGUCUCAAUAGACGUUUCUUUGGUUUUAUGCAGGAUACUAUUUGAGACUAUUAGAAUCUUGUGCAGAAUGUUUUCUUUGUUUUUAAAUGCCACUGCCAACCUUACGUACGUUUGCGAACCUCGAAAUUACGUCCUUCUUCCCCUCCAAGCCUCCAUUGGGUCGAUGGAGCGGUUAGCCGAGGUAAAUUGUACGGAUAAAGCUUAGGAGAUGGCCGUUGAUAUGAGAGGAAGAGAGAGAGAGCCCAUGCUGACUGCGAUUUUGCUUUGCCGUUGUUGAACCGGCUCCCGUUCCCUCUAAAACCUAUGCUGUUUUCCUCGUACUGAAGCUGGGUUCAACAGGUGGUGUCCGCUAACGGAAACGCUGGUCCGCGAUCUAGGCUGGGAUCUGUGUUUAGUGUGUCGAUCGGCAGUCUCUUGCUGCCGUAUGGCAAACAGCUGGCACUGCCGAUUCCGGUUUGACCUCCAGAUUGAUGUUUGCUGUAACUCUAUAUCACGUCGACAAGCUAGUUAGGAUCUUUGUUGGAUUAGUCGCAUAGAAACAUGGGGGACGUUCUAAAAACAUCCAUACUGGGGGUCAUUUCUUAAAAUGCCAAUACUCUUCAAACAACAAGCAAAUUAAGCAUGUGUGUGCACAAGCCAAAACAGAGGAUAAUUGCGGAUCGCAUCAUCAUCAUCAUCAUCAUCAUCAUCAUCAUCAUCAUCAUCAUCAUCAUCAUCAUCAUCAUCAUCAUCAUCAUCAUCAUCAUCAUCAUCAUCAUCAUCAUCAUCAUCAUCAUCAUCAUCAUCAUCAUCAUCAUCAUCAUCACGCGGGGAGCGCCCUGGUGAACACUCUUCCCAACAUUCGGGUCAGCGCGUCAGAUGGUAGAGCAAUCAUCACACCAACAUCCAACGCACGUGAUGAAAUUGCAGCGAUUAACGACGCGAAUAUCGGCCAUCACGCCACGUGCAACGAUCCCUGAUGAAGGGGAGGGAGCCGUGAACAUUCAUAGGUAUGCGGUGGCAUGGCUACUGCAUCCUAUAAAUACUGCAUCUGCAUGUGCAUGAACCACCCUUAUCUGCUUAUGUCUCUGAUGAUGGAUUCGAGCAGGAAUCCGAAACGUCAGGCUAAAAAGCAUCAUCAUCAUCAUCCCCCCCCCAUCAACAUCACCACCACCAUCAUCACCAUCGUCAUCAUCUUCUUCUUAUUCUUCUUCUCCUUCUCCUCCCUCCUCCGCCUCCUCCCAAAAAGGCUAGUUUGGGCCACAAGUCAGCCGAAACAGGAUCUACCGCGCAAUGAACGAGAUCCGGCUCUAAAGCUAGUUGUUUGUUUGGUAUAAGCACUGAGCUUUAAAGUCUGUGACUCGCCUGGCUUCUGAAGAUCCUUAGAUGUGGAAAGACAUAGCCUAGAAGGUGAAUGAGUAAGGUCAUUGAUUGGAGUAAACUUUCUGCUCUGAAGCCGCACACAUCAAUUGCCAGGGAAUGUUAGACAUAAAGGCUAAUAUUCCAUACUAAAGCUUGUGCAAGUUGGGCAGUCGCAUCCGGAAAACGGACAUUUCGAGACGGGGUCAAACGUCGACUGGAGGCGGGCUGCGGCCUGGUGCUUGAAGCGGGAACCAGCUCGCGAGUGGUACGUGUAGAAGGACCUCUCGACUUUGUUCACUCGUUUCCGGUGGUCUUGACUUUGUCUGACCACGGAACUAAGGUGAAUGAUUGAGAAUAGAGUGCAGUACUUGCGACAAAAGUCUGCAUCAUAAAAAAAUUAGUCCCUAAAACACUGAUGCGUCCACACCUGGCUAGGCAAUUUCGAGCCUCGUUGUUCACGACAGUCGAAAUAUCGGAUGAGCUCCUCUGUUCGCGUAGUUAUUGGUUACCGUAUCCGAAAUUGACGGCAGAAAUUAAACGGAGUUCAGUCGUUCAACCAAAAAGCCGGUGCUUCCGUGUGCAUUUAAUGCAGUCAACCAUCGUACUAGAAGACAGCAUUUCUGGCAAGUAUGCGGAAGAUGGUGACGUCAAUUAAGAAAACUGCCUAAUGACCUCAUACACCGCAUUUCGGUAACAAUCGGGAAAGGACACCCAAAUAUCCGUUGCCUAGAAAUCCUACCUGCUAUACUUAUUUGAGUAGGUGGCUAAGUCUACCCUUGCAUACUUUAGUAGAGUUGAGAAACGAUCGCUGUAGAGCUAUCAUUGGUUUGCCAUCCUUCACAUAUGCUUGCUUAGGCCACGAGCGAUGACAUUAGUCCGUUUGAGGCUUACUUUAGAACAGCAUACCUUAGGAAAGUUGGGUAAUGAUCGCUUUAGACCAAUCCUAUGUUUACCAACCUUGGCAUUAGCUUCCUCAGCUGAAGAGCGAGCGCAGUAGUCGGUAUGCGGCUUAGUCCAUGGUAGCAUACGUCCAAACAUUUGCGAUACGAUCGCUGUGGACCGGCCCUUUGGCUUAUCCAUUGUAGCUAUUUCUUCCUUAGGUGAGGAAUGACCGCAGUUGUAGGUACGCGGCUCAUUCUAUGGCACCAUACCCUUUGGACAGUUGCAAAACGAUCGCCGUAGACCCAUCUUACUUUAAACAACCUUAAUAUAAGCUUCCACUGCUGAAAAGCGACCGCAGUAGUCCCUAUGCGGACUAUUCUAUAGUAACUUACCUACGGACAAUUGCAAUACGAUCGCCGGUGCCCGAGCACUUGGAUUAUCCAUUUUUACCAUUACUUCCAGAGGUCAGGAGCUACCGCAGUCGCCUGUGCGCGGCUCAGUCAAUGGCUGCAUAGCUUAGGGCAGUUGCGAUAGGAGCGCUGCUUUGGCCAGCAGUAUUUUUUUGGCUGCCCUCUCCCGAUUGUUACCCCGGCGCCCAAAAGGUUCAACCUACAAAUGAAAUAGGCUGCACCUCCGUCUGUAAAAUACGACCGUCGUUGCCGAUGAUAUCCACCGCUUACUUCACAAUAAGAUAAGAGCAAGUACGGUGAUUGGCGCGUGAAUUAAAUUGUAAUGAUAAUAAGCUUGCACAGCACCUUCCUCACUCUCUCAUUUUUCCCCCACCUGGGCUGGUGUAAAGGCUGAGUCAAGAAAACCGGAGGCGGGGGAGGGCACAGGUGGCUGGCGCGACGAAAACCCGCACCUAGGCCUACCACCACACCUCUGGUCCCUAAUAAACACUUGACUAGGUUUUUAAAUUACAACAAAUAGGGGGCGGCUGAAUGGGUCCCGAUCGGCGUGGCGUGAGCCGACACUUGGGUGUGCCGCCACACCCCAAGGUUGGUAUUUGAUGUACGCACAGCAGCUAGCCUAAGUCAUGAAAUGUGCACCGAAAUGCGUUUACACUUCGAAAAGAUUAAUUAAGUAGGGUUGUAAACUAACUAGUUUGCGGCAUAAUUCUAUAAUAAUUCAGUUACCUCAGGAUGCUGGCUAUCGAAUGAACUGCCUUCCGGCUGCAUGCAAAAUGUACGCUCUGUAAAAAAUGACUACUUAAGUAGCUUGAAUUUUUUCCUCCUUGAUUUUCGAUGCCCCUAAAUGUCCAAUUAUAUUUCAUGGAAAACAUGCAUAAAAAUAUUCAUUCUUUCCCUCAUUCGGUAAACAAUUACGUCUUCUUCCAAUUUUACGCUCGCAAAAAGGGACAUAAUUAGGUUUUAAAAAUGUUUCUGAUUGCGAGACUUUUAAAUACCGUGAAAUGGCCGUUUAUAAAUCGUCACGUCUCUGCAUUUACCAACGUGGCCUGUAAAGUUAAUAAUAUUGAUCCAAUGCACAGCUUAAUUUUAUGAACUCUAUAUGGUCCUCUGUGAUUACCGCAGAGAAAUGUGUGGUUUGCCGUACGUAGAAAAUAUACGGCUUGUAGUUUCGAAACUCUGAAUGCAAGUGUGGCGGCGGAGCGGGUUCAUAAUUAUUCGGGAAUCAGAAAAACUUUUGAAAACCGAAUAAUACCCUUACGUCGAGCAUAAGAUUAGAAGAAGACGUAAUUAUCUGCCGAAUUAACAAAAGAAUGCGUAUUUUCAUGCAUGUUUUCCUUGAAAUAUAAUUGGACAUUUAGCGGCAUCGAAAAAUUCAUGCUACUUAUGUAGUCAUUUUUUGUAUGAAGACGGACGUAAGUUCAUUUGAAAGCAGGCAUCCUGAGGUAAGUGAAAAAAUAUUGAAUUAUGUUGCAGCCGGGCUAGUUUCACAACCCUACUUAAUUGAUCUUUUCGAAGCGAAAACGCAUUGCGGAAUUUCCGUGGACAUUUCAUGAGUUAACCCACCUACUGUACGUAUUCCCGAUAACGCCCGCCGAACUCCGAGCUAGCCCCCUGUGUUGGGUGGCGCAUCUACCGCUAGGCCUAUUUUCGGGGCAAUCCCUACAAUACACUACCGUUGUGGAUUUCCACUGUCGUUGUUGGAACGAGAAAGACGUACGCUGAGUGCAUCCUAUUUAUGUCCUCCUCCCUGCAUGAAACUUUUACAAUACGGCAAGAAUGAAGUGGAGGAGAGUCGUAAACCCCCACAGAAAGUCGACUUAUUUGGACAGCCGAAUUAAAAAUCAUCUUAUCACAUUUAGACGGGGACUUUGUCCACAAUGCAAGUCACAAGUUCCGUCUUCCAAGGUGAUAUGGAUUGCACCCAUAUGGGGAUGGACGGCUCUGUUCUGAAGGGAUAAGCGUCAUGCCUAUCGCACGUCCUCUCCCAUUGUCAGCUUUUUUGACAUAUUUGGACACAUUUUAAUACAUCUGAGAUAGUAUUGGUCUUGGUGUGACGCAAGAAUAUAAGCUGUUUGAAGCCCAACGUCAAAAGGGAGCAUUGACAUGGUCCUGGAAAACCAUCCUCUUUGGUCGUAUCGAAUAUUUGAUUAUGAGUAUGGUCUGUCAACUCCGAGAAAUGUUAGAGGACCGGGAUGGUAUUUAAGCGAGUCUUUAUAUCUGGCAGGAAAGAAUUUUAGAGCCUCCCGUGUGUGCAUGCAUGUUUUGUGUUGGGAUCCCUUGGAAUUUCAUGUGCGGCUGCGAUCGAUAAUUUAGUAGUUUACAGCGCAGGAUGUACUCCAACGACAGGGAACCGCAGAUGAAAACUGAAGCAUGCUGACGUGAAGAACAGAAGGAACAUCAUUCCUUCCCCCCUCCUCCCAGAUUGCAAGGAUUCUAUGUAGGUCGAUAAGGAUAUGCUAUGCGAUCAGGGCAGGUUUAAUAGGCAAGACUCCCUACUACUUUCAUUUAAGUAGGCGUUAUUUAGUUGAGUGCUCGUAUACCAGGCAUCACGUUUGUAUGCGAAUGCGAAUGUAUAAGAUUGUGACGGCUCUUCACCUCUGCAAUGUGUGCUCACCGUUGGUUUUAUCUUGGUAAAGAUUGCUUUUCAUUUGAACUUAUUGUGAAAGUCUCAACGGCUUCGGUUGAAUUCGAACACACGACGGCAAGGGCGAGGCCUUAGUUCAGUUAACGCCCUGACCAACUGAACUACGAGGCUCCGGCCGGGAGUCGUAAGUUUAGUAACAUUUGGGUUAAGUAAGCCCGCUUAGUCAACUACAACGUACGGCAAGCUGAUUGCACAAGCAGCAUUUCCCAUGCAUUCAAGCUAGAAUCCAACACACUAAAUAAUCGAUGAUUGCUUUUUGCAGAUUUGAGCAAUUUGUUUAACCCAAUUGCAAAAAAUUCGGCGUCUUCGUUGGCUUGUCGGGCUCGAACGCAAGUUGCAGUAGUUUUGGGUUGAUAACUUGAUCCAAAUAUAAUUAUACUCACGGCUCCCGAUUGGGUAGGCAUAGCUUAGAAUGUUGGCUUACACAAGCCUUGCCCUCGAUGCUGUGGUUUCCAAUCCCACCGAAGAUGCAGAUGUUUUUACAAUUGACUUAAAUAAGUCUGCAAAAAAUUCACAAUAAGUCAGUUUAUCUUUGUUAAUUCUUCAUUUCACCGGGCCGUUUUUUUACCGAUACCACCUCAUACCACAUACCACCUCAGCAGAAUCAACCUAUUCUGCAUUUUUAAAAUUCUUUCCGGGUUUGCAGAAAUGACAAUUUUGGAGACCAAAUGGUCACAUGUGGUUAUGUAACCCCACCCGAAAUAAACAGACCCAGCCAUCUGUGGUACGGGACCGGUGGGACCAUGAAACGCACUGCCGACGAGGUCAUGUAGUUGUAUGCAAAAGAAAAACUACUGGGAAUGCGGGAUUUUACUUUGAGCGGUUGAGAAAUGGUUGUUCUAACCCCUAACCCUAACCUCCAGUACUAACCCAUAAAUCUAGCCCCUAACCCUGACCCCUAACACAAGCCCCUUACCCUAUCUCCUUAUCAUGACCUUUAGCCCUAGCACCAACCCGAACAGAAUUGUGUCCAUCAGGUGGGGCUACAUAACCACAUCUCACCCACAGCAGAUUUAUCAUGCUACUGAUGUUUGGGAGCACCUGGUCGGUUCGCAAAGUCGAAUCUUUAAAUGCCCAAAAUUAAACAAAAAUUUAAAUGACUUCCCGAGUCACUCCGCCUCGAGUUAAUCAAUUUUUCCCUCUUUCGCUGCCUCGGCCCUUUGACAGACGCUUGGCAGAGCCGCAAAUCUGUUCCGGCGAACCAUUUCAUUUAUUGCACCACAAAGAACACAAACCCCGGGAUCACAUUUCUUUGCUCAUAAAAGCCGCCUUUUUUGAAUUCUUUGCACAAAUCUAGGUCUGUCAGUGGUUGCCCUAACGGUAUGUCCACCAUUGUCACUCUGCGCUGUCCCCCAGUGGACUAUGAUCGACUGUUCUCCAAAGCGGCGAAGACCAACGGCUUGUCCGUUGAAGUGCCUCCCUUGUGUGUGGACGGCACCUGUGACGGCUGCAAUUACCACUUUAUGGUGCUUUCCACCUACGCCUGCCCCAUCUGCCGGAAGGAGGACCUCAUGAGGCUGGAAGGCAGCUGCGAUGGAGGCCAACGUGAGGUCAACCUCUUCGCUGCUGAGUACGUCCUCACUCCCUUACCCCCACGCCCCACCCCGUCAUCUUGUUGAUGGCUUUUUCAAAUUAGUAGUUUCAUGUACAUUUCGUCAGGGUGUGCACAAGUCGGAAGAAGGCAAACAUGCCCUCCUGCUGCCCACCCCCCCCCCGCUCUCGCCAUCCAGACUUCAAGGUCGAGGAGGUUUCGACUCUCAAGGUCACUAAUCGAGAGAACAGACGCUGACCUCAUUUGGUUACUUAAUCUUUCUUAGACGUGCCGGCCAACGUGAUCCGGAAAGGCUUACAGCGGGUGACGUAUCGAGCGGAGUUUUGACCGAAAUUCGAAAAUCUGUUUUAAAUUAUAAAGAGUCACUUAGGUGGGGUUGAAAUUAUCUGGCAGCAGAAUGCCACGAUAUUUAAAUCACUCGAGGAUGUUUGUUUUUAAAUGCGCUUAUUUCCGGCUGCCGGCAAACAGCUCAAUCGCUAAAAGAGUUCUAUUUAUGUAGUAGGUUCUUCCUUUGGUUUUAGAUGUCCUUAUAAAACCGGAUAUGUAUUUUACAAUGCAAACGCAGAAAAACAUCUUUACCCGACUAAAGUUUUAGCAAAAUACGUCUCAUUUAAUUUUUUUCACGAAAAAGGAGACAUUUCAGCUUUAAAAAGUUUUUUUACCAUGACAUUUUGUAAGACAGCAAAAUCUCUCUUCUAUAGCGUCCAAUCCGUGAGUUUAUUAAUGCUCCUUAUAAAACAAACGACAUGGGUUAUAUAUAUUUCGAAAUUCGAUGACUCCCUUAUAUUGUCUCCUCAGUGGCACAGGGCGAUUGGAAAGUGUUCAUCAGUAUUUUGAAAACCUUAAACGCUGUAUACAAACAACAUUAGGCCAUGCAUGUUAUGAUCUGAAAAUUUUUCAUCAUUUAAAUGUUUUUUUUCGAAACCAAAAGCUACAUCAUCCGCGAGUGAAGCACUUGAGAAAAAGUGUAAUUUGCUGUAGAAUUAGUACAAGAAAGGAUAAUUCAACGCAUGUUUUUGUUCCUCAUGGCAUCGAAAAUUAGUGUACUGGUAAUUUUUAGUGAGUGUAAUUUGUGUAUCGUCUCAGAAAGACGCUCAUCGAAAUGCCGAUAUCCUGGCGUGACUGGCAUAUAUUUGGAUUCUUCUGCAAGAUAAUAACUAUUAGCUGGGAUCAUAGUUCAGAACUUUAAAGAACGUUCCUUGAGAUACGCCAUCACCGCAUGUCUUCGUGAAUUAUGCUUCUCGGAACGCCCUUGCAAGUGUGGGUGACCAUAGGCUAGACAGCGUGUUCGCUCGCUCUGCGUUUGCGAGACUUACAAUCUCCUGGACCUCACGGUCUUGAUCAUGAAAGGGGGAAUGGACGAUCUUGACCUCGUUCGACUUUUGUGGGCCUAUACCGCAGUUUCUUUUAAAAGGGAGGCUCUUGAAAACAGAAUCCUCUUCGAUUUUAAAUGCUCAGUUGACUGACCAUAUAAGUACUAAGAUAUCGCUUAAAUUGUUGAUGCUGUGCCAGUUUAAAAAUAUGUAUUAUCAGAAACUAGUCGGCGCAAAAUAUAUCUUAUCAAGGGAUCAAAAUUUAAGUCGGACGCUUGGAGGUGGGACCUUUUAUGGAAUAUUUGAAAAUGCAUGAAACAUGUUUCCUCGUCAGAAUAAAGGAUAGCCUAUGGGUAUUACAUAGGUGUUUUGGGCAUAAAAUACACAGAUGUACAAGUUUGAAUGUUUGAAAUCGAAAAACUUGCCCGUUGGGCAUCAAUAAUGUGUCUCUUUACGUCCUGUCUCACUGGACUUAUAGUAGGUAGUCUAUCUUGUGAAAUGUUAACCGAAAUACCGAAAUGCGUUUUCAUUUCGAAAAUAUUAAUUAAGUACGGUUGUAUAACUAAUCAGUGCGCAAUGUAAUGCUAUAAUAACUCAGUUACCUCAGGAUGUCGGCUUUCAAACGAACUUCUUUCCGGCUGCAUGCAAGAACUAUAUUCUGCGCAAAAUGACUAUGUAAGUAGCAUGGAUUUUUCUCAUUGAUUUUCAAGGCCCUUAAAAAUCCCAUUAUAGUUCAUGCCAAACAUACAUAAUAACGUUCAUUCUCUUGCUUGUUCUGUAGAAAAAGACAUUUUCCAAUUUUACGCUGUAAGGAAGGGCAUAAUUCCGUUUUUAAAAACUUAUCCUAUUCCCGAAUAAUUUAGAACCCAACCUGCCGUUACAGUCGCAUUCAGGGUUUCCAAACUACAAGCAGUAUAUUUCCUGCGUACGGAAAUCCUUGCAUUUCUCUACGGUAUUAAGAGGAAACCAUAUGGGUUGGAUUUGAGCCAUAUUGUUAAUUUUAAAAGCCACAUUGGUAAAUGCCAGGACAUAACGUUUUAUGUGUGGCUAUCUCACGGUUUUAAAAAAUCUCACAAUUAGACACUUUUAAAACCGAAUUAUACCAUUCCUUCGCGUAUAACAUUGAAAUACGUCUUAAUUUUCUUUCGAAUGAGCAAGAUACUGAGUGUUUUUAUACGUUUUUGCCAUGAAAACUAAUUGAAUGUUUACUUGCGUCGAAAAUCAAUGGGAAAAUGCAUGUUACUUAGGUAACCAUUUCUGCAGAGUGAUAUUUUUGCAUGCAGCUGGAAAGAAGUUCAUUCGAAAGCCGGCAUUGUGAGGAAAAUGAAUUAUUAUGGUAUUAUGCUGCACGAUAAUUAGCUUUCCAACCCUCCUUAAUUAGUCUUUUCGAAACGAAAACGCAUUUUGUAAUUUCGGUUGACAUUUUAUGAGUUAGCCCACGUACUGUAUGCUGACCAAAUAGCCUGCACAUCCAAGUGGACUGUAUUUGGUUUGAUGGAAGUUUCCAGUUUAGCUUAGUUCUCUCACACAACGAUGCGCCCGCUUGCUCUUGGGCGGGUACUAGUAUAAAAAAGUAUUCGGGUAUAAGUAAGCGUUCAGUUCAGCUGAAAAUUGUAAAUAUUUUGUCAGUUAAAAUUUCUCACAAACAUAUUCUGCAUAAAAGAACAUUUUCCAGAACCUCAUUGCUCAGGUGGCCACAACGCUAGCUGUACCUAAACCGCCCCCUUGCUUCCAUGGGUCCCAAUCCUACCGAGGUCGCGGUGUUUUUUUACAGUUGGAUCAAAAUGAAUAAAUAUAUCGCACUGCGUUUUAGACGUACCAAAAUGACCACCUCAAAGUUCGUCAUUGCGUUUAAUGAGUUAGGUCACAUAUUGUGGACGUGCACCAAACGGCCUUUAUGCACUAAGAGCAACCUGAUUGGCCCUUGGGAAUCGCCAUCACUGCGGAUGUCAGAGCGCCCUUAAGGAUGGGAGGAUUGAAAUCCCCGAGAAGGUCAGCUUUUUUUGUCAUGAUUUCUUUUGUACUCUCUGCCGACAAAAUCUCGCAUGACAUGCAGCUGGGGAGGGGGGGGAGACGGGAGGUUAAAUACCCCCCCCCCCAAGGAGACUGCACAUUCCUUCUGUGGACUUGUGAACCUGGUUUUGAGCUAGCCGCCAUCUCGAAAAAUUAGAAAAGCCGAUUAUUGUGUUGUUUUUUUCUUUCGCAGUGGAUGCCGGUUUGAUGACGGCGCCGAGCGAAAAUUCACCGAAGCCUGUCCACUGCUGUCAACCAAGGGCAAGAUUGCCAUCGGGCUCGUCGUCGCUGUUGUCGUCUUCUUGAUUCUCAUCAUCUUUUACUGUCAUCAACGCAACAAGAAGUAAGUCCUCUUGCUUUACCAAUAUUUAGACUCUGACUUAUUGAACUCCGUUUUCUCCAUGCCCUGGUUUGUACACUGUCUGAGUGAUUUUUAGAGGACCUGGGCGACAGGUGGAAAUGCAGUUAUGGGCAUAUGGAGCAGUAAGAGAUUGACCGAUUCAUGGCAUGAAAUGCGAGUUGCAGGCGUCCCUCCAAGUCGAUUGUUUUUAGAAUGUUUCCCUCCACCUUCCCCCCUCCCUAAACGGGCUGCACUGCAAAUGCGUUCGACCAAGACUUGGAUCAGUCUGACUCACAUAACGCGUUUAUCGGGCUGUGUUGAGUCCGUCAUCCAUGUGGCGCAUCCAAACCGGAGGCUCUAACUCUACGACACCCACUGUGUCCUGUAUGUGGCACACAUAGACGACCUGUUAAGCCAUGCCGACUGCUGCGUCCACGCCCACUUUGGGCGUCUUGACUUUUUCUUGUCAUUGGCUACUGACUGAAUCUAAGUAGCUGGUUUAUUUCGUGAUCCAUUUUAUCCGCGACCUUAUUUUUACUCAAACCCGUCUGCUGCACAAUGAACUCGUUAAAGCUCAAGUCACUGUUAGGCUCACUUUGCAAGACAGUGCUGGACCUCGCCAAUCGCCCUGUCCAAAUAUGACAUGUGCAUGUCCUCCACUCCUAUCCAUCCGCGCUCGUCUUCACCGGUUGGAAAGGCUGGCGCAUCAGAAACUGGGUUUGCUGUCUAAAAAUACUUAACUCCGAGUCGUUUCGUCCCGGCGGACGUCAUCAGUAACGAAGGCUUCAUGAAUUGGUCACAGUGUCCAAGAAUUAGGAUCACUAAAAAGGUGUUGAAAAUGUUUGUUUUUAACUACGAGGUGGUAGUAUUACCAAGGGCAGCUAAUAAUGUAUCAAGUUUUAUUGCCUCAGCGUAAAACCGUCUACCAAAAGAUGCAUAUCAUAAUCAGUACGCUGAUGGUCGAACAGGCAGUAGUAAUAAUGGGGGAAUGACGCCAACCUUCCAGUCACAGUUCAUUUGACGAGAACCAGCUACACCUUCAAGUUGGACAAGACCGGAAUCCUCGCAUGAAUUGCAGCCCGAUUUUGACAAGCUUCAUCGGACCACAAUCCAUCAACAAGCACAAUAGGUUUCUCCUCUCCUAUUAAUAGUACCUGGUCAGGGCAAUUAGGGGUGGGAUGGAUACUAGUGGUCUGUUAGAUCAUCAUCACACAAAAUACGACCGUACGCGAUGUGCGCGGGUGCUUCUAAUGUUGGUUGGUAUGUGUUCGCAUGGAAACUGCUGUCUCUACUGCUAAGUCCGGAACGUCGGACGAGGUGGAGUCUUGUUUCUUCGCUCGCCUCUUUCUCGACUGUUUCCUUGAACUCAUCCAUUCCGGUGUACAACGUAGUAUACAGCCGGCGUCCGGUAUUCUGAAACAGAAAAUAAUUAAUCCAGGGUGAAAAAAUACCUUAGAGCAUAUUAUCCUAUGUACACGAAACGGAAAUUUUCUAAUGUUUUUUGUCUGUCAAGCAUAUUUUAAAAUGCGCUACCUAUUAUUACAAUUACACCAGUCCUCUCUAUCAAAAGGUUUUCGGUCCAUAAGAGCAGUCAGACUCCCUAAGUGUUUUUUCUAAUUGAAGAAUUGUUUGAGGGGGUUUAUGAUGCCAGUAAGUAUGGAUAAGGAAGUGAUAUGCAUUCUGCCUCUUUGAUUAGUCUUCAAAGUCGGUUAGAUUCGUAAGAAAGUAGUCAACACGAAACCGUUUACUCACAAAUAUUUAUCAGGGUUCCGCCUGCUUUAAAUAUUGGAAGCUUGAGACAUUCGGGUAUUUGACAGUGGUAAAUUUUUAGCGACCUGUCAGACAUUUCCUUUAUUUCAAUAUCUUCUUUCGACUGAAGGGCUACGAAGCAAACGCUCCAGUCAGACUAGAUUUUACGGGCUUUUUCCCCGCGGGCGUCCUGGGGAUUGUCAAAUGUCAGCGAUUUUUCGUACAACUGGCUUGCUUUGUCUUCGGGAUCAGGAAUCUCGCAGAUGAUUGACUGCUCUGUUUUUCAGAUAGCAUCUACCAAAAGAAAUGUGUAGAUUUUGUGUGUAGCUAUAGACUAUAAGCAAGUAUUCGGUGCUCAGUGAAUUUUUCAGGCUAAACCCGCUUCGAUCAGCUGAAGAUAUUUUCUAGAGGAUGAAAAACCCUUUCCCCGCGGUGUUUCAAUGGGCUAGCUAUUAUGGUCCCAUCUGGCCGAUGUUCCAGCGUCAUUUGCACUCAUUAAGGGGCUACAUCAGAGCAUAGACAGCGGAGUAGCCCUGGUUCCCCUGGUUUUGGAGACAUCCAGUUAACUGGGCUACUUUCUAUUGGUCAGUAGUAACAUUACCCGUCAUAAUCCAGGUUUCGUUGAGUCCAAAUGCAAACAGUUACGCGCAAGCAUCUCUCACCUUCCUCCAAAUACGUACCUUUUGGAAAUAUACAUCGCCCAGUGUAUUCGAAGAAUAAUAUUAGCUCAUUAAUGAUUUUGCCUACUACAUGCCGUCUUACCCAAUAUGGCCAUCUUUAACCAAUAAUCUUACACUGCUCGUUCACCGCUCGUUUACACGUCCAUAAUUUUGAAAAUUUUCGAGUACAACUCGGUUCCCUUGUGCAGAACCACAUUGUUUUUCACUAUCCCGUCAAGUUUCUGGUAUUUUAACGGACGUGUUUGUGUAAAUCACUGUGCUAUGGAUGUUCGAUAAUGAGUGAUCUCUAUUGAAAUUAACAUAAUAAGUAAAACCCUGCUCCCUGAACAAGGCAAAGGCGACAAAACAUGCAGAAUUUAUUGACGUCAUUACAUUUCGUGACCUCUUAUUCAACUGCACACGAUCAUUGCGUAUUUCGAAGAUGAGGCAAGCUGUUCAAUCAGAGAUAGGCCUAGAGAGAUGAAACAUGAGAGGUAAGUAAAACAUAGAAAGUGUGCGCAUGACGAGGGAGCCAGAGCGGGAGGGAAGUUAUCGGGGCAAGCGAGUUUACUUUACGGUGAAAACAUGUCACACGGGAAUAAUAUUCAGCACGCCGUCAGUCCUUAAUCCUCCCACGCAACAGCCACCUCAGGGCCUUUUUAUCUUUUUCUCUGGCACGCGCAAAUAAAUAUCGCCAGUUACUUUCAUCGCAAUUGCCCCCUGGAGUAAGUAACCGCGGCCAUAAAUCACAACGUUUGCCGCAUCGUCCUUUAAACCUCUACAAACUUGUGGGAUCAGUUUGUGAUGUUGGAUAAAAACAGCGUCCAUUUAACCCUGAAUGGUCGCUUCUGUGCGCGCAAUCUGUCUUGGCUACGGCACUCGAGAGUGCGCUGAUACCCAGCCCAAUACCAGCAACGGAACUAUAAUGGGCAACGGUAUAGAGAAUGAUCCCACUUUACUGUCAGUAGACUGUGGAUCGUGUCAUACGUGAUUACGGGGGGUUUUACGGAUGAAGCAACACACUAGACAGUAAGCUGACGAAAUGCAGGAAAACACAGAAAAUAUUUGGAUUUCUCCUGAAAGACUAAUCGUACGCUUUCCUACGGCACAGGAAAUGAGCGCUGUAAUUAAAAAUAAACAAAAGGUAAAUUUCAGAAAUAAAUAAGUUUGACUGAUGGCUUGAACUCAAGGCAAGUGAUUGUUAUUGGCAGUGUAACGUCCGCAAAAGGCCUGCGAAUGGCAACCAAGAUAAAAGCCUCUAUGACGAGAUCCACAGUCUCCCGUCAGGUAAGUGGGGUCCUUCUCCAUGACGUUGCCCUAUAAUGUCUUCAGACCGAGGUCAUGGAAAUUUAUGCAACGUUUUCAGUCACUGUCCCGUGUUACGCACACACUAACUGCAUAGAAAGCUCUUUUGCGUCGCCACGGUAGGCUUGUAGUGAUACACAUUCUUGACUAAAGUCUGUCUGCUGAUAAAAAAAAAACAAAAAGGCGACUUCCAGGAGACCACUGAUAAGAAGGCGAUGCCAAUGCUGAAAAAAGACAUUUAUUCGCUUGGCAUUUCGAAUUAUCACUCAAACCGAUAACUAGAGACAGUUCCAGGGAAGGAUGACAGACGCAUAGCUGUCAUACCUACUAAUAAUUGCCAACCCCACAUUAAUCGUCGGUGAUUCUUACUACUUUCACGAUCACCUGCUUGUGCCUUCAUCACCUUUAUUUAUCAUUGUAUCGUAUGCUGAUAAUUCAAGUCAGAUGAAGACAGCUUUAGUUUCAGAUCGCAUCUCCUCCUCCACAAACUGACGUUACUCAUGCAGCGGGAAUACCAACUGGGUUAGAAUUACAACCCGCACUUCACUAUCCUGUUAAGUCUGUAGUUAUAUAGAGUAGUAAUUUUUAGUUUAGCAUCAACUGCGCUUGGGACUAAGGCCGCAAAGUACUGAUCAUACUUAGUCCGACAACGGAAUCUCAUGAAAUGUUAUUCGAAAUUCUAAAGUACGUUUUCGAUAAGGAAAGAUUACAUAGAUAAAAAAGCGUACUUAGUAACGGUGACUACUUAAUUAGUGUGCCUUUUUUCACAUUGAGUUUUGAUGGCUUUAUAAAUGCAAAUACAUUUUAUAGGAAACAUGCACAUAAACACUCUUCCUUACACUCAUUCGGCAGGAAGUCUCGUCGUUUUCAUAUUCCAUACUUGAAAGAAGGGUAUAUUGUGGUCAUAAAAAAUUUCUCAAUUCCAGAAUCGUGGCAUCAACGUUUAGCGAUUUCAGUCUACAUGUAUACAUUCUGCCUAAGGAUAAUCCUAUAUUUCUCUGCGCCUUUAAGAAAAUAAUAUGUUUAGUUCAUAAAAUUUUGCCUCAGAUGCGCACUAUGUCAUAUACCUCUUGAGGAGCAUUAAGAAAAGAACAGGUACGGUGCUGUAUGAGUGGACACUGCACUGUCUUGAUAAUUCUCGUAGUUUGAGACUUCUAUAAGACCGAAUGUACUCUUUCCUUGAGUAUAAAAUGAGUAAGAAAAAGCACAUUUUCGUGCAUAUUUUCUAUAAAAUGUAUUUGAGUUUAGAAAGCCGUUGAAAAGCAAUGCGAAAAAUUUGCACUACUUAAGUAGUCAUUUUAUCGACUGCGGUUUUACAUGAGGGGAAAAGGAAGGGCGUUCAAAAGCCCAUCUUUUGGCGAGUUCAAAAUAUCGUACGGUUAUGGAACACGAAAAUUGUUAUUACAACCCCACUUAAGUAGUUCUUCCUAAUCGAAAGCGCAUUACAGAAUCUCGGCAAACAUUUCAUGAGAUCGGUCACUCACGGGACCACUCCCCAGCCCAUUUUUCGGUCCAUUCCAAGUACACCCCAGUGACUGCCCCCUUUUCCUGCCUGUUUCCCACUAGACUGGAGUACAAGUACAUGAAGCUGGUGGAGGGUGCUGAGUCCCGCGUCAAGGGCUCCUUUGGCAGCAGCAGCCCCGGUUCCGAGGGCGGACCCCAACAGCAGGGGACUGAGUGUGGCAUCACGGAGGAUGAGCAGGAUUUGGACUUCCGCCGAGGAAAUUCAAUAAAGACCGUCAGCGCGGGGAAGUUGGACGUGGCUUUCAAACGGUCGCCGCAGCACCAAACCAAGCCGGGAGUCGGUUUCGGACCCGUAAUCUUCCGUGUAAGUUUUCUCCGUGUAUCACAAAAAUAGUAAUUGCAGUAGAAGUAUAUUUUUAAAGUCACAACUGCAUUCCACGGUCGGUGCAGCCAUCGCACCUUUUCGCACGAUUGUUAUUAUUAUUAGAUUAUUGUCUGCUUCCGCGUUUUUUUAUAUUGAAAAUUGGGGGCGAAGCGGGAAUGCCCAAUUUCUAACCCGCAAUUACCGUAAAUCCAUGAAGAGUAAAGGGACCGUAAGCCUAGAUGUCAUCCUGAUUCACACCGAUCUUUCCAUAAAAUAACUGUUUUAAACCACGACCUUCCGAUGAAAAUGUCUUUUCUUUGCUUUUUUGUUGGAGAUUUCUUUGUUCAAUGGUCAAGGAAGGUGGAUAUUAGGCCGAAAAUUGUGUCGAUGAUUAAUAUCGAACUUUUCACCUGUUCACACGUUUUCCAUAGGUCUAUUUCAUCUGGAACAAACAGGCUUUUGUUCAAGUCGGUAAGGCGUGCAUCUCCGCCAAGUCUGAUUCACACCUCUAGAAACGCUAGCUGCGGAACUUCGGGAUGCUGAUCUGCGAUCAAUCCUGGCGCCAGAAACACAGAGCUUGACUUAAUCUUAAUCAACUGCUGUCUGUACAGCUUUUUCAGCCUAUUAUGCGAUAUUCUAUCAGGAAAGCGCGCCAUCAUAAUUUUCCAAAAUCCCAUCAUGUCAAUCGAGACCAAUGGACAGACGACAAACAACAUCGGUUCUUUUGCCAGAAAAAUGGUUAAACUAAGCUAAUUAACGACCCUGAGGUUCCCAUGAAUGCGUUUUUUGACGGCAGGUUUUCACGCCUUGAUGGUGCCCGCUGUAAAGCCCAAGUAUACUCAGCUUUUUCAGAGAGUCAGACUCUAACAAGCCGCUGGUGCAUUGAAGUGGGGUACGACCUUCAUGAAACUCUCACGCAAGUGAGUUUCGAAUCGCUGUCACAGGCGUCUGAUACACGUAAUGCAAACAUGGUUCUGCGUGUGGCACGCGUAUACGGGCUGUCUAGCCUUGGAAAUCACUAAACCCGCGGUCACCUCAGAUCGACUUGACAUUGUCUUGACAUAGGAGCAAGGUCAGUUAGGGGAUGAGAAAGAUAGAUGUAGAUUCUGUGCGCGUCUACCGUCCAAGUCAUCAGUGCCUCCCCCCAACCCGUGGGGCACGUUAUGGAUGUCGUCACCCGCGACAGUCGAGUUGUCAUCGUACAGGUGUUAUGGUAUGCAUAUACAUUGAAAUGGCAACUUCUAGCGCGUGCUAUCGCUGCAUUCCGCAAGCCAAUGACGCUAAUCACUGACUAAAAUGUGCGAUUAGUGAGGUAGCUUACGAAACACGAUGAUCGAAAUCUGGAUGAUCACUUCUGGGCAGGUCAAAUGUUGUAGGGUUUGUUACAGAGAGCGGGAACGGUGCAAAUUCACGACCUAAAUCAAAACGACGACGCGACCACGCGCCGUGCAGUACGCCAAGCCGACCGCAGCAUGUCAACUCGGACAGCCAAUUAGCGUGCAGUGCAGUAUUAAGCACGCGUGAUACAUUUGCUCACGCGUGCAGCGGAUCGAAUAUUCGAUAUUUUCCCGCAAGGAAUUAUCGCGCACGAGUUGACCAAUCAACGAUCGCCAAGCGACACGCCGGAAGUUUCUGGAACGCUCAUCACGACAAGGCACGCAAUAGGACGGAAUAUUACGGAACUCUCAAGGGACCAAAUAAAUACUGCGAGUUUGGAUAAGCAAAAAACCCCGUGUUCGCGGGCUGUUUAUUAAGUGAUUUACCACACUGACGGUACAGGUACUAGCUAAAAACCAAAACUUUGCACAAUAGCCUGACGCGCUGAAGUAGUAGUCAUUUUCUUAUGCCUAAUGCGUUGCUUAUUAAUUUAGUUGGCAAAAAAUUCUUGCAUUUUUGGUGAAAAUCAAGCUCUGUCUUAAAUUCACGGUCAUUUAUCUAAAAAUGGAAGACGACAAAAUCAUCGCCAUCGAUAGAAACCGAGAUUUUUCGUUUUGAGUAAAUCGAGGGAAACUUUCACUCCUGCGACGUCCCUAACUGCGAAAUCAGGAGUAAAUCCCCUUUGUCUUAGUCAGCCGUAUCUCGACCAAUCAAAAACAGAAAACCCCCGUUGGAACACAAAGUCGUUAAUCAUAUAUUUUAACUCUUAAUGGAUAAAUUUGGGCCCGCUUCUGAUUGAUUAAAGAUUUUCCGUAAGUGUGCACAAGUUUCUUGAGUUGUGUCACCCACCGAGUAUGCUCUAAAGUCAACUACGGAAAUUCGUUUUUCUUGGCUGCCCUGUUUAUCCGCACAUGCAAUAACCUCCCUUAGUCAUUCCAUCCAUUUGCCCCGCCUAAACUUAAACUGCGCCGAUUAGUCCGGGCAAGGUCAAUUAGCGUUUUUUUAAAAAUUUGCCAUCUCUAAUGCACUAUUCACAGCCUAUGUUUUGAUAUUGGCAUCUGGGUAACAUCUGCAUUUAUUACAGAUUCACAAAAGGGUUUCCGAUGCUUCCAGUUCUAGUCAGCAUUGUAAUGUCUGUAAGGAGUCGCCAUAACACACAAUGAAUGAAUUGACCACCUAGAUUUCCUUUUUGCGGAAGCAAACAAGUUAGGCCGCUUGCUGCGGAGAGGAAAAUCAGUGUCCAACUGUUUGGUCACCACUACUUUCGUCAGUGUUCCGACAGAUAUCUGAUCGGAGAAUCUCCUAACCUACAUGCCAAUGUAUCGAAAUUUACGUCAUUCCAUUUCUGAUAUAGCUAUAUCCCACAUCAGCGUUUUUGGUUCUAAAUAACCGCAUAACUCUGUGUAUCUCGGCGGAUCUGUUUCUUUUCAGUCAGAUAACAAAAUGGUUUAUCAUCACGGGCGGUAUUGUCAGUCCUGGUCGGCUGCUUCCUACUUGUCGGAACUCAUGCAUGCCGAUCUUUUCUCUCCUUCCAGGGUCGCGUCGCGGAAGACUCACAUAUACUCACGCUGGAUGAGGGCAAUUCCACCGAGCCGAUUUAA